AUGGUCUUUGAGGAAGCUUCCAUCUUGAGUCCCGUGAAUACCAAGAGAACCAUGGCGAGCGACUCCCCUGCGCGGAGUCUGGACGAGAUAGACCUGUCUGCACUACGGGUAAAUGUCUCCCUCUUUGUGCACGUGCAUGAGAUGUCUGUGUCUUUGUGCGCGCGUGCACGUGAAGCUGUUGAGCACCUGUCCACCCCCCCUUUUUUUAUUAUUUCCUCCCCUCCUUUUCCAUCCUCCUCAAGGAUGCGUCUCCCUGCGCUUUCCUCUGCUUUUACAGCCGGUGCUGACUCUGCGUGUGUGUGUGAGUGUGAGUGUGAGUGUGAGUGUGUGUAUGAGCAUGCAAAUCAGCCAUCAUCUGUGCGUGUGUGAGUGUGUGUGUGUGUGAGUGUGUGUUGUGCGCGGUCAUCGGUGUUUGAGGAGAGCAGGUCUGCUAUCAGAGCGGGGAUCAUGUGUCAUCUUGAUGUUUGUUGUUGUGUGUUUUUUUUUCUUAACAAUUGGGACGUGAUGUAAUGAGGCCCUGAGCUGAUGCUGCUGCUGCUGCUGCGCGCGUGCACCCGUCCUCGUGCGCGUGCGGGACACUGGCAUAAUAGAGGCCGCUCUGUCUGUACUAUGUGGGGCAGAUGUUAAGCUGCCUGCUCACUGACAGAUUCACAGCACACACACACACAGACUGACACACACACAUAUACAGAUGCACACACAGAUACAGGGGGACACGGAUGCACGCGCGUACGCACGCGCUCACCCUCUGUAACACACACACUCACACGCACACACGGUGAAUAAAAGCGAUGAUAACCGCAACAGGAGCGAGUUCCGCCAUUUCGUGAUGUUGUGGCGACAGCAGCGUUGCAUGCAGCAGUGGCUGUUUGUGGGUCUUGGCGCGUGCACGAGACGUGCAAGUCUGCGAGGAUGGGAGACGUGCAGAAGGAGACAGUGCAGGAAUGUGUGUGUGUGUUUUGUGUGUGUGUUAGUGUGUUAGUGUGUGUUGCAUUAGGCGAUAGUGAUGACACGUUCAGAGGAGUGUAAACUUGCAGAUUUGGAAAUGUGUGUGUGUCUGUGUGUGUGUGUGUGUGUGCUCUCACUUAUGCCUCUAAUUGGGGGCUUUUGUCCCCUAACACACCAGUUGAUCGGGGACCAGCACUAAGGUUCGUUGUUUUGGUCUUAAAAUCUCCCGUGUCUCUUCAGGGGAAUUUUUCGUACAUGUGAAUUUGUGUUUAAGUCCCAACUCUGCCCCCCCACCCUCACCUAUCAUGUGCAUUACUCUUCAUCGCCCCUAGUGGUAGUCACUACACUUACAUGUCAUUCAAAAGGAUCAGUUUACGUUGCUAAUCCGACUCAAAUUGCGCUGAAUAAAAUUUCUCAUGUUGGGACCAAAACACCCGUAUCGAUUUUUCUCAGACUCAAACUGGCGUAACCGUUUUGCUCUUGCGCCACAGUUUAAAAGAUGAAGCUUGAAGUUAAUAUUAAUAGGAAGCAGUUUGGUAAACAAAACCCUAACAGGAGGAGAGAGGAUGUAAAAAAGACGGAACUGCUGUAUCACACAGAAAAGGUACAGAGCUGCUAAGUUGAUAGUGAUUUUAUUGUUUGACAUUCAACCCGUUAGCACCUCGCUAAAGCCUGGUUUAUGCUUCUGCGUCAAACCCACACUCUAGUCUAUGCCGAUGCAGUGUGAUGUGACACAAUGUGGUGAAAACUGUAUCAGACAGAGACGAUAAGAUCCACGUCUCCUCUGUUUUCUCCAUCUUUCUACACCGCUUAUGCAACUCAGUCUUACCUGCAGAGCAACAGUCAAGUCUGGACAUGAUGGAGCGGGUUGGACUGCAUGACUGUGUGUGUGUGUGUGUUUUACAGAUGCUCUCUGACACACACUGGGGGUGGGGGGGAGUAAAGACAGCCAGAGACUAAAUGUGCAUGUUCUUGUAAAAAAAAUGAGAAUCCUUCCCUUCUCCCUCGGUGGCAUGACGGAGAGAAAUUAGGUCACCCAGGACGGAUCAGAGCGAGCUGGGGGGAAACAUUUCAGCGUGACGUAAAGCCUGUCGUAAGCACACACACGUUUCCUGUUCCUGCAGCACGUCACACCCCGAAUGCUCCCCUAUGAUCACCUCCUCAUGCAGAUCUUCAUCUCUGAUUUUCUUUGAGGCCUCAUCCUCCGACUCCUCUAGUCGGCGACGGCGUGAUCAGCUUGUAGACAGUCGGGUCGUGUCCUUGGUUUUCUUUGUUACCCAGCAUCCUUUUCUGUUUUUGACAAAUUAUAGUUCAUUCAGGAAGAGAGAGAAGCGCUUUAAAUGAUCUCCUGAUGGAAAAGUCCAGAUUGGGUCUCAGAUUUUAAGUGUCUGGCAGCAUGACAGAGAGGAUCCCCGCAGAGAUCGACCUUUUCAUCAGAGUCUAACUCAUGUUAACCCUUUACUCACCCUCAUCUAAAUUUCCCUCGUUUGCAAAGGUGCGCAGAUAUCAGCGACAAUAAAUCAAAUUAUUAGGAGGUAAAGAAGAAGAAGAAUUUGCAUGGAAAGAUAUUAUUACUGGAGCUUUAUGUCCUCACAGGCCUCCGUCACCUUAUCAACAGGACAGGUGAGCAAGAGAGGAGCUCAAGUCAGAAGGCAAAGCUUUAAAUUAGGGCUGGGCGAUAUUCACCCCCUCCCACAUUAACUUCGUCUACUUCAGCCGCUCCAACUUUUGAACUGUCCUCCAUCUCCUCACCUGUCUUUCCCUCUUUGUAACAGACAGGAUGGGGCGGAGUCACGUCUCUGACAUAGGACAGCGUCUUAAAGGGACAUGAGACCAUAGCCUACCUACACACAUCCAAAACCAAUGUUUAUUUAUUUGUUUUUUUGACACUGAAUAUACCGAUAUGGGCAAAAUGACGUUGGUUAUUGUUGUAAAUUUCAGUAUCGGUAAAUUUUCAGUUUAUCGCCCAGCCUUAUUUUGGAUCUACAUGUUUAAACUUGUGAAAAGCAGUAAGAGACACAGGAUUGUAAUCGAUGCAUCAACAGCAGGGACAAAUCGAGGGAGCUCUCUCUCUCUCUGAUCACCCACAUGUUUCAGGCACCGCAGGUUAUCAAACUCCUGUCCUCGUCAUAUGUGAGUCUGACCACAGCAGCGUUAUCCAGCGUUUCCAAACUCUACCAAACACCAAAUUUCUUUAUGCUGAUAAUCGGACACCUUGUGCUUUGAGAGUGCUCUGAGUGUGUCAGACUCCCUCCUGUGAAGACAGGAUGUUUCAUGGGAAAUGUUGUUUCGUAAUCGUCCUCACACUCUGUUAUUUAUCCUCCUGGGUUUGAACUCGUGUUCCUGUGUGCUGCACGUCUCAUUAGCCUCUGAGCGGCCCAACAUGUUUCAGGUGAACCUUCGAUAAAUCAGCUCGGUGUCCCGCUUUUUUCUUUUUCAGCUGACGAUGGUUUAUGAACACGAUCCAACAGUUGGCAAGGGCAGUAACAGGCAUGUACAGGUGUGUGUGUGUGAGUGUGUGAAUGUUCCUGUGUGUGUCUGCGUGGGUGUGUGAAUGUGAGUGAUGAGCUUCAGUUUGACCUUGAGUAAAGAGGAAGGCUGUUUUUUGAGCUAAUCCCCCUCUGGAGGCUCCACUGUAAUAGUCCAGAACGGCCUCCUGUGGCCCACUGUACACACACACACACACACACACACACACACACACACACACACACACACACACACACACAGGAGAUAAUCUGAUCUCCAGAGCGAUUAAAUUUCAAUAAAACUCCCAAAACACAGAUCUCCACCUUUAAGCACACCCGUGUUCGGCAUUAGUGUGUGUGGGUGUGUGUUUGUGCGUGUGUGUUUGUGCGUGUGUACAUCUUGAAUUAGCUCUUAUGCGUCACUCUUCAUCAACCUUUUCUGUUUUUCAAAUGUUAAUGACUGAAAACUUUACGCUGUGGUCUUGACCAAGUGUUUCAUUGUGCUACCGCUUAGGUCAUGUUCACACCAGCGUUGUUUUGUCCAGUUUAACUGAACCCUGGAGCGUUUACCUCCUUGGUGUGGUUUGUUUUGGUUGGUGUGAACGCUGACCUCGAACUCUGGCGUGAACCAGUCGACCGUUCUCGGGUCCGCCUGGUAAGGGUGGUCUGGGACCGCUAUCAAGUGAACUCUAGAGCGAGUAACUUCUGGUGUGAACUCCAUCCGCACCAAUCACAGGAAGCGCGUCCCGCAAAAACCUCGAGAUAGGCUCUUAUUAUUGCCUGUGAUAUGACCGUCGGAUUGCAGAGCGUCUCCUGCGACGUGCGUGAAUUACUACAUUAUUUAAUUGCUGCAGUUUUCCCAGCGUGGUCCAUUAAAGUCUGUUGAUAUGCAGUCCAGAUCAGCACCGACAUACAAAUGAGCAGACGAUGCUCCAUCAUGUACAGUAGAAAUUGCGAGGGAUUUGUCAGGAUAAGCAAUCACCGAACGGCUUUUGCUGCCAGGUGACAAUUUUUGGACCGUUGGAGUUUGGCCUUUGUGACCGCGAACCAGACCAGUUGAGAAAUUGCAUCAAUGUAUCAUCUUCGCUUUGGACCUUUAGGUGUGAACACGACCUUAGACUUCAAGAAAACUUCAGACGAUCUAAUGAGCCAAAAUAAAACCCUGUAGCUGCAGCUUCAGUUUGCUUCUUGCAGUUGUAGCUCCUUCCUGCUGCAGCCCUCGAACUGUGGUUUGUGCAAGGACUGAUGCUGCAAAACUGAACCACUUCCAAUUAUUAAGAGUGUGUCUUUGUGCUAAGCUAGGCUGAGCAGCUGCAGGUUUUAGUUUCAUGUUUCCUAUACAUACAUGAGUGAUAUCAAGAAGCUUAACAGCACGUUUCUCGCAAGACUUCCACGGGCUUUACCGAAUUACAAACCAAGAAUUUUAAACAUAUGGCGACUGAUUUAUGUGACGCUUCUGAUCUGCUCUGUCAUCCUGCAGCUUCAACCCUGAUAGAGGCUCACAAAGCCAGAAUAAAUCAGGGGUUUUGUCUCGACUUUAAAUGCAGAAAGUCAACAGUGACUGUGUGAUUUCAGUUUAAGUAAACACAGAAUCAGUGAAGGCUUUUAAGGCUGACGAAACCAGUGCACCAUCAUCAUCAUCAGCUGUGGAGUCUCUGCUGAAACUGAUGUGGAUUUAAAGAGGAGAGUGUCUGAGGAUGAGGAGGGGGCACAGCUGUAAACUCAGAGGUUACUUACUGAGGGGUAAUAAUAACAGAGUGGUGACACAUAGAAGCUUUUAACAGGUAAUGCCACAGGUAUGCAGAGCUCAGUCAACCUUUCAGUGAGUGUGUUUGUGUGUGUGUCCUCGUGCAUGAAGGUUAAACACGCACAAGGAUCCCUGCAUCCAUCUUGUCUUGACUUUGUUCAGCUGCAGUCUCCAAACUCACGUUUCCUUCUCUCUGUUCCUCUCUCUCUUUCAGGACCCGGCUGGUAUCUUCGAGCUGGUUGAACUGGUUGGUAAUGGCACCUAUGGGCAGGUCUACAAGGUGAGUCUUCAUAAUCUUCACUUUCUCUGCCAAGUAUGUGUGAGUGUGAGGCUUUCCCUCGAUGAAAUAUGUCGAAAAACGAGCUGGAUCCAUCGUACGGACUGUUCCGUCUUCAUGCAGUUCUUAUUUUACUACAAAAACUGAAGAAGUCGGAGGUGCAUUGCAAGAAAGCGGCAGCUUGUUAGAGUAAGUUUUCAGGGUAGAGUUAAAGGUGGUUGGUUUUGGCGCUUUUCAGCAAACAAGAAUCUGUGAUCAUCAUAUCGUGUGCAUAUUUAUUAGUUCAUUUCAGCUGUUUCUCCACACGUAAAACUGUCACCCUUAUCCAAUCAGCUGUCAAUCACCGCUCAAAAACCAGAUCCCUAACCCUAACCUGUACAAGAAAAGAGGAGGCUACACUAUAUUAGCUGCACAAUGGCGGAGGAGCUGAGACGCCAAGUUUUGAGUAGGGCUGCAACGAUUAGUCGACGUAAUCGAUUACGUCGACACGACAAAUUCAUCGACACGAAAACGAAGCGUCGACGCGUCGUGUUAUUGUUGUUAAGAAUCACAUGCCGGCGCCUCAUGCUCAUCUAUAACUGCAGUGCACUACAGGAUGUGCUGGGGGCAGUAGCGCUCGCUGUUUACAUCCCGCGAGCAAACACAGAAGAAGAGUGCACACAUUAUGGCAGAACAAACUGAAAAAGACGCUCCAAAACUUCAGAAGCUUGGGAACAUUUUAGGGAGAACAAACCAAAAAAACACGUCGAUCAAAGCUCAGCUUUCCUACCAUGGCAGCACCACGGCGAUGCAUGAGCACCUGAAACGCCGACACCCCGGAAAUAGGUGUUUAUAAAUAAAGAAGAUAGUGAUUAAUCGUGAUUAAUCGGACGACUAGUCGAUCGAUUAGUCGACAAAAAAAUAAUCGUUAGUUGCAGCACUAGUUUUGAGAGUGAAGUUGGCCAAAGGAGAACGCCCAAAACGACCAAGAAAUCAUUUCUGAAGACCUGUCUGCAAAGUCUGCUGAAAAAGUGAAACUUAAAGCAGCAACUGCAGGAUCACCACCCAGCACUGCACGCCAAGUUGUAGGGUGUGGUUUUAGAAUAACAGAGUGAUACCAUGUGACUGAAACAUCAAGUUGGUUGGGAAUUAAAACUAAACUUCUCAGCUGAAAUCAAGGAAAGGUCGGCUAGUUUUAAGCUAGUGGCUGUUUAAGACUGCUUCCUCCUGUCGGUGUUGAGUAAACAAAAACUGUGUCCAAUCCAGGAGCUGCAAACUUUUCUGUUUAACAGACUCUCCAGUAGAAACACCAAGACUGCAUAAAUUUGAUGUUUCUCUGUUGUUUACAUGUUGAAUAAGUUGGCUAAAAGGAUGGAUUUCCUGCCAAUAAAUCAGCUGUUUUAUUCUUCUUUGUCAUUUUUUCUUUGGGACAGUAUCCCCUAAUUCAGCAGCCACUAUAACCUCCAGACAGUUUGGUUUGUUUCACUUAAUGCUGCAUGAAAGCAAAUGAAACAGCCUGAAAGUGUAACAAGGCUGAUAUUUCAUCCCCCGACAGAGUCGAGACUCCGGACUGUCAUGUGGAAAACAACCCAGUUUACACUUGAGUCCUGAAAUGCCACGUUCUCAAGAAAUAUAGACUUUAGGUUUUGGACUAGGCUUUGGUUUCUGUGGGGACAAACAGUCUGUAUGGAGAGCAAAAGCAGGCAGAACACAAUCCACCAUAGUGGGAUCCCAUCAACUGUAAUUCGAGGCUGAUUUACUGUAUUUCUCUCUAAAAUGCAUCCAUGCCGUUCAACUUCAGCAUGCGAACACUGAGAAGCUAAUCUGUUUGAUACUGUCUCACUAAAGAACGUGAGCGUUUAGAUUUCUUGACCUGCUUGAAUGCAUCAGAAUUGAUAGUCUGAUCUCCAUUUAACAAACUUUUUUUUUUUCCUCCUCUUGAUGAUGAACCUGACAAAACUUGACUUUUUACUUUCUGCUUAAUCUGCAUCAUCAUGUUGUUAUUUCUGGAGACCCUGAAAUAAACCAGUAUGACAGACACUAACACUUAGUAUUUAAACGGCGUUGGUGUAUAAAUGAGUGUUUAUUGUCGGGUUUGUCCAGGAGGGGUGAGUUUCACCUGUUUUUGAUCUAAACACACGGCCGUUUUUGGAGUUGCUUAGUUGACUUUUAACGGUGCAGUACACAAAAAACAAACCUCUAAUUUAUCUCUAAAUGCUGCAAGAGUUUGCAGAGAAUCUCAGAGAGACUCAGACAACAUGAGAUGCAGUAUGACGGUUCGACUGAUAAUAAAGAUCGAUGAAACAGGACUCCGAGAGAAAAAUGUGAAAAAGACGUGAGGAGACACUCCGUCCUCUGACUUCACACAGUUUCAACCAAGAACUGAAGUUAUUACUGAUUUUCUUCUUUGUUCGGCAGCGGAAGACACCCACACACUUUUACAACACAGCAGAGCGCCUGAGUGUGUGUGUGUGUGUGAGUGUGUGUGUGUGUGUGUGUGUGUGUGUGUGUUUUCUGGCUUUGAAACCUAUUAACACACUCAUUUGUGUUCUUUGUUACACACACACUCAUUCUGCUGAUGCUCGUAUUGAUCUGCCGUUUGAAGGAGGUGACGCCUCCUCAGCUGAAAUGAUUGAUGGAACAAAAAUCACACAGCUGAUCACAAAGCAUGAUGGGUAAAUUAAGAUCUAACCAGAGUGUGCAGAGCUGAGAAUAUGAGUCUUUGAGAGUCGAUGUCGGCGCGGACACGGUUAAAACAAACUGAAAAUGUGUCUUCAUGUUUUCAUCAGUGACUGACGCUGCGCUCUUAUUACGUUGGAUGUCAGCGCUGGGAAUGACGUUACACCCGAGUUGACGGCGUUCCAUUUAACAAAUCGGAGAACCAAGAUGGUUAGCCGUUGUUAGCUGUUGUUUACAAUUGUCAGCUGUUGUUAAUAAUAAAUAAUAAUAAUGCAUUUUAUUUAUAUUGCGCUUUACAUCUGCGAGAACAGAUUUCAAAGUCGUUGGCUGUUGUCAACACAGUAUUUACUUUUACAAACACCACAGCACUGUGUUCACAGUUACAUGUUGGGCAGUACAACAUAUACCACUUAUUUAAUAUCUCAAAAACAAAACAGAAGUGCUAAUAAAUAAUACAUUACGAGAGCUUGUACUGUUACUGUUACUGUUGAUGCACUGCGCUGCCAUCUUGGAUCAUGACGUCGUCAAGGAUCGUCCAACUUUCCAAGUCAGAAAUCGGACUUCAGGGGGGCGUUCCAGUUGAAUUUCAGAGCCCGGAAAUUCCGACUUCUGAGUACAAGAAGAACGUAGCAGAAGAUCCAGUAAAUCUGGUACUUUCUUACGGACUCUGCAGCGCCCUCUAGAGGUGUCCUCCAGUCAGACGUGAACAUUGGUAUAGUUUGCCUGAUAAACACGUGUUUAAGCCUGCAUGGUCACCAUAACUCAGGGUUUUUAAGUUUGAUCUGGUGCUUCUUCUUCUUACAUUUACAAUAUCUUCGAGGAUAUCAUAAAAAUAUUUAAACUUUAUUUUUAACCGGCGACAGAUCAGAAAACUUUGUUGUGAAAUCACGACCGUUACACCCGUUAGCAUCUAUGAGGGAGGAAGCUCGGACCAUUAGUGUUAAUCUGGAGGUUUGUUUUCUGCUAAUUCUCACACUGUAAAAACAGAAAAUGGAGUUUUUCUCUUUGUUAUGAAAGUUUGAUGAGGAGCAGCUGUGCUUGAAAUGCCACUUCCAUGCUACAUUACAUAAACGGGCAGCGGGGCUGUUUCUUUGUUUUUAUUAUUAUUAAUGACUCAGAGCAGAGCGUUCCUCACUCUUCCUCCCCUGCCAACAAAAAGAAAGAAAACCUGAAGAUAACUGAAGUGCCCUCAGGCCUCCCCAUGCUUUCCCGUCAGGCUCUCCUGUUCCCAGGUUACCCAUUAUAGUCAGCAUGAGACCUGAAUGUUAACAGAAUCGUGUUGAAAAUGUCCAAAGUUUGCAGCUCUCAAUCCUGUCCCUCUGCAGAGUUCAGUAUCUUGUUGCAGCUGCAUGGAAAUCCACUUGUCUGAUUCUCACUUUGUAUUUGGAGUAUUUUAAAUCUCAGUCCGACGAGGCAGCUCUGAGAUCCUCCUGAUUUGAUUCAUCAGCGUUUACAAAGUGGAGCUGAAUCAAUGUCUCGUAUUGAUUGAAGCUCCUGAAAGCUGUGAGCUGUGUCUCUGACUGUCUCUCUCGUUUAAUCCCACUGUGCAGGUGUCAAAGCUCAUCAGAAUUAAGUUUUAAUGGACUCUUUAGGUGAAAUUAUGAAUAAAGAUUACAUAAAAAUAUCUCUGCUGGGAUUCUAGAGAUGGAUAAGCAAACUUGAAUUUCCUUUUUUAGACAUUAGGAGUACAGAUGCAGGAUAUGAAAAUCCUGCUAUUCAUUGCCGAUACUGAUAAGUUAAUAUUUGUAUUCAAUGUAAUCUUCAUAUAAUCUGGUUUGUGCAUCCAGGAUGAUACAAAAUCUAGGAUCUAGUGGUUAAAAAUGUUCUAUUUUAGUAUCUCUGGCGUAUCUUUAAUAGAAUAUAAAAUGCUCUGGCUCUUAAGCUAAGCACACUGAGCAGACUGACAUCAGAUGUCCAUAUGUCUGUUGUAAAACUUACAUUUAGUUCAUUCUUGUUGAUCAAACUGUAGACGGGUGUGGCGACCACAUCAUAGAGGGCAGGGAGGGACACAAGCGACGGUUUGGCAGCGUGUAACAUGGCUCCAAGUGUGCUAUUAACUUGCGAAAACCCGGGUUCUGGACGACGGUAAAAGGCUGGUCGUCCAACGCUAUAAACUCCAUCACUUUGUUGUUAAAAGUUUUCGCCUUUUUGCUGUCUCUAGCAAAGUUUUUACAGGUUUCAAAUGCCUGCAGUGUGGGAAUAUCCCGACUCCGUUUUGUUGUGUUACCCUUAGCAGCGCUAGUUGCUUCCGCAGCAGCUUCAUAUUCUUCCAAUACCGCGAUGACGACUAACCAUAGACCGUAUAUACUAUGGACAACUUGGUUCCGCCUUUCACCAGUAUACGGAUUUAAAGCUAAAAGGUUCUCGGUAAUUCCGUGUUUUCUCUCCGUUUCCUGAAACCAACAUUGCGCAGUAGCGUUGUGCACAUUCUGCGGGAGAGUCGCUGUGAUGACGCUCGGCUCAAACAUUACCUGAAAGUUCAUGUGUUUUAAAUGUUCGACACACCUCAUGCGUCUCAAACUUGCUGCAGGUCUCAUGUCUCCGAUCUGGUUUCGAAGCCCUCCAGCUCUCUCCUCCUCCUCCUCUUCCUUCAUUCAUGCCUCUCUGACAUCAAACUCCUCUGAGCUUUUAUUUUGAAAGAGCACAAACAUAUGACGCAUGCAGGGUUGUUUGAUUUUGCUCAGACUGCAAACUCAGAGCUCGACAAAGACUGAUGUGAGUCAAGUGUAUUUCUGUCUCUCUCGUGUUCGGGCGUCACAGCCUUUUGUUUGAAGGGGCCUGAUCUUUUUCUUCAUGAUUGCCACUCUCUGUGAAUACACCACUCAAAACUCCACAAAAAGGCUUUUAUGCUGUGAAAUGGUUUUUUUCUUUUCACACGGAGCCAAUACAACAUGACGGUCUAAUUUUUGUCUGUCAUCUGUAGCCUUGUUGUUAGUUAAAUCUGCUUGUUUUUGAGAUUUUUGCAGUGAAAUUUUUGCAGAAUAUUAAAUCAUUCAGCCCUUCUGAUCGUCUUCAACACGGAGAAGCAGUUUAGUAAGCAUACUGCAAAAAGGGGGGUUAAGAUAAAAACACUAAAUCUGAGGGAAAGGGUACUAAAAAAAAUGAAAGUAUCUGUCCAUGCAGCAAGAUCAUUUCACUUGACAAGAUUUCUUAAAUUAAGAUUGUUGAAUCUAGAAAUAAGCAUGUCUACAAAUGUAUUUGAAAGGCUUAAGGUAAGCUAAAAAUGCUGGUUUUAAGAUCAGAUUACUUAAAAUGUAACUUUUUCAGCCCCCGAAAUAAGUUAAACUCACUAAAUAUAAGCAUAAAAUAAGUAAUGCUGGUUUAAAGAUCAGAUUACUUGGAAUUCAACUUUUAGAUCCCUAAAAUAAGUGAAAUGUACUAAAUGUAAGUAUAAGGUAAGGAGAAAAUGCUGGUUUAAAGAUUAAUCCAUUCAUCCACUUUCGAUCCCAGCUGUUAUCGGUUUGUUACUGAAUCUUAAAAAAGGAUUCCUUUUGAUGAGACUUUGGGAGAAAGAUGGAAUGUAACUUAUUUUAACGGUUAUUUUCCUCAUUUUAAGAUUUCCAAGAAACAAAAAAGAUAAGUUUGUGCUUGAUAUAAGAUUAUAGUGUAAAGUUAAACACUUAAAAUAAGAAAUUAAGUCUUAAAACAAGAGAAAUUAUCGAACACUUGUCUUGGUAAGAACCAAAUAAUUUGCAGUGUUGCUGCUAGAUAUCAGUAAAAGUCUUGAACAUGCCAAACCGGCUCAAAUCGCCCUGGUCUCUCAUUAAGUGAUAAGUCUUUUCUCUUUUCCGUCCCUAAACGUAAAUCCUUCAUCACAUCUUGUAUUUAAAGUUUCGUCCGGCUGUUUCUUUGGUAAAUAAAGAAAAGGUUGAGAAAUGUGGCAGAAGGUCGUGAACUCAGAUCUGAAUGGUAGUAAAACCCAAACACCAGCUCAGAGACUGUGAAUCACGGGGCAGGUCAGGACAGGAUUUACUACAGGACCAGUUCAGACUCCUGAAACUUUAGAGUAACAUCAACAACUUUAAAAACUUCUCUCAGAUUUGACUCUUUCACCGUCACAUCGAUCAGAUCAAAUCUAAUCCAGUCAGCUGCUCUCCCUUCACAGCAUGACCUGUUACCCAGAAUCCCCGGUUCCUCGUGCUCUUAAUGAUCACAGCUGUGGGGCUCAGACUCAGCGUGGAGCUGCUGGUCUCCUGGUGUGUGUGUGUGUGUGUGUGUGUGUGUGUGUGUGUGUGUGUAGGUGUUUAUGUGUCGAGGCUUGUGUUCAGGUGAAGAAUGUGAGGCUUGUCUGAACGCAGGACCUGAGGUGUGUUUCUACGCCUGGAGGUGCUUCAAAAGACCCUCCUCCUCCUCCUCCUCCUCCUCCUCUUCGUCACCUCUGUCUUUAACUAUGUAUAUCUAUAUACUGUAUGUGUGCUGGUUCCUGACACACUCCCAGGUCUGUGUGUGUCACCUCUUUGAGAUUGUUCGGCCGGCCCUCGGCGUCGGAGGAAGACAGAUAUGAAAACAAAGAGGCAGUCUGCGCCGGUAUCUCUUCCUCUCAUCUCUGCUCUCUUAUCUGCAGCGUCUUUUAUUGCUUCAUCGCCGCAGAUCGCUGCCAUUUGUCCUGCGGUCACAGCAGCUCUUCACACAGCUUAACCUAAGGUCUGAGAGCAGGUUUACAGAGGAAUAAGUCAACUGAGCGAAGACCCAGAAACCUCCAGAAAUCUGGAGCGGGGCGUGUAAACACAGUUAUCUGGAUUUGACCUGUUGCUGGUUUGGUCUCUAAAAAAAAAAGGAAGAAUUGUGCACCAUGUUGUGAUUUUGCACCUUAAACUUAAACAUUACAGCAGGAAUGAUUAACUUCAUCUGCUGUUUUGUUUUCCACUUCUCUGUUUUCGCUUUGCUCUGAUUAUUCUUCCGUUAGUAACUUUCGUCCUGUGCAAAAAUGCAGAGCGUGGAGGGACGCGGUGAUGGUUGUGGAGUAGAAAUCAUGCCUCAGACUGUCAGUGAUGUUCACACUGUCCUGCUGCUCCUCUUAUGAGAGCAGAAAGGGAGAUUAGGAGAAAAGAGUCAGACGGAAAGAUGUGAGAGAGAGAAAAAAAAGAGGCUUCCUGUAAUCUGAAUCAGUGUCGGACUCUUAGAUACAUCCAAGUCUGAUGCAACACUGAGAAACCUAGGUCUGUGUGUGUGUGUGUGUGUGUGUGAAUGACCCAGAGUGUGAAAUAUCAUGGCCUCCAAGCACACUCGCACACACACACUCACACAUAUACAGACCGCCAUCACUUUUCCUCUUCCAACCCCCCAUUCGUUCCCCUCACUAAACAACCUGCCAGCCCUGUUGCUAGGUAACCACGAGGAGAUGGUGUGUGUAUGUGUGUGUGUAUUGAGUCGGUGUGCUGGUGGCGCUGAGGUGGAUGUGUCUCUGCUCUCACAGCUGUGAUGGUGUCGAGGUCAGACAGUUUAAUGUUCGUCUGUUUCUCAGCCUGAAGUUCGGGACCGUACGUCGAGUGGGCGGAGUCGCUUCGUUUCCACCUGUUGUGCUUUAAAGCUAAAAGUCCAACACAAGCUUGCAAGUGUGAUGCCGCGUUCAAGAAGCCUUAAAAUGAUCCAUUAAACUCACAGAUACAACGUCAAAGAUCCUUAGGAGGGUUUGGUCGUCAAACAAGAUUCUUGGUUAGAUUUUAAAGGUGUUGUUGUCAGGAUCUGAGGAAGUUCCAGUUUUUGGGAGAAAUCUUAAAUGUAAACUCUACCCCUCCCAACCAGUUUUCCCCUCAGCUCCUCCUCUCUCCUCCCUCACUGCUCCAUCAAGCCCCGCCCACAAACAGACGCUCUGCUCGCUCUUAAAUUCCGAUAUAAUGCAGAUAAAUCCUUCAGAUCAUUACAAAUGGGGCCCAGUCAAGGUGAAAGUCAAAAGCAUUGGUGCUACUGUAGAUGCCAACAGACUACCAGCAAACACAAUGUUUGCAGGACUUCUACAACGAGGAUAAAGUGACAUAGUCCAGGACCCGAGGGAGGACAGUUUAGCGAUGGCGCUACAACACGCUACAGCAGGUCCGUUUGACAAGAAACACUUCUGUUACAGACACUUGUCUUACUUUGUUAAAGCGGUUUACCUGUCCAGCAGAAAGGUUACAGGGUCACCAAGAUCCCCAAGCGUCCCCCAUGGUUUAUGUUGACCCGGCUUUUUAGCUCUUGUCCGGUCUACCUCCGUUUUAAGCGCCCGUUAUUCCUCCAGAGUCUCCGGUAUUUACUUCGUUUUCUUGCUUGUGUCGGCAGUCGUGGCCAAAGGAGGAUUCAGACAAUUUUCCGAACUUUCUGGUUGGUUUCUACUGUCCAAUAUUGUAGCACGCUAACUUUGUUGGGGGAGGUGGAGAACGGCUUUGUUUACAGUCAGAAAAAGCGGGCCGCUCAAAAAUGUAAAAUGUUGACGACACAGACAUAAGAGAACACAGCGAUAUUGUGAUAUUCCCAAAUUUCAUCAAUAACUAAUAACUAUUGACUGAUAUUAAAAUCUUUUUUUAUAGAUACACCACGAGAAAAGAUGCUUCUUUAACGGAUUCCUGCCUUCACCACCUUUAAGGGAGCAGCCUCAGAGUCACAAACAGCUGAUUUGGUUCAGUCUAAUCUGUGAAUGUUUCCUUGAAUAAUCCUCAAAUUACAGAGCGGAUGAACUGAUUGGGAUGUGAUCGUGUGUUGCUGCCGUGCAACAGUUUAAGAUUGCUGUCGGGCUGAUAUUUUGUGAAAAAGUCGCACAUAAAGUAGUGAAAUUAGCAGCUGAACGGAUCCUCCCCUCUCUCUGUGUCUUUCAGGGUCGCCAUGUCAAAACAGGCCAGCUCGCUGCUAUUAAGGUCAUGGACGUCACAGGAGUAAGUGACAAACACACUCAAAUAAAACAGCUUUAUUAGAUCUGUAUGUACACACACACACACACAGACAGUUCAUCCUCCACAAACUCAGCUGGACGCUUUUCUUCUGAUCUGAUUUCCUCUGGGAUCCCGUGUCCUAAUCCAUGGGUUUUGGUAUUUGUUGUGUUGUCUGUUUGUGUGAUUAUGUGUGUGAUUGUGUGUUUAGGAUGAGGAGGAGGAGAUUAAAGCAGAGAUCAACAUGUUGAAGAAGUACAGUCACCACAGAAACAUCGCCACUUAUUAUGGAGCGUUCAUCAAGAAGAAUCCUCCGGGGAUGGACGACCAGCUCUGGGUACGUUCCUCCACGCUGCUCUGAUGUCUCUUGAACGCAGCUUUUUAAAAACUCUGCUGCACUUUAACCCAACUUAAUGCUGAACGUCUCAGUUUCUGUUGUGCUUCUAUGAAUCACAUAAAACCUGAUUUUUGCGAUCAGAAAGAAUAAAACUCACAGCGUAAAGUUUGAUCCAGCUUUCAUAUUUCUUUGGUCGAUCUAUGAGCAGGAAAAGGAAACGAACCUUUAAUUUGUUGGACUUCAUGAACAUUUUUUAUCUGGUGGCAAACGAGGACAGAUGAUCCUCAACAGCCCGAAUGAACCUCAUGAGGAGAAACUCAAACAUGCAAAUGCAGCACAACAAACAUGCUGCAAUUAUACAAGGUGAUGCAAAGUGACAACACACCUGACUACUAAACAAAAGCAAAAAGGAAAUGACUGCAGAACCAGACCGACAGGCCAGUUGGAGGCUCAUUGACUGGACUCAAAUGGACCAGUUUCUCAUAUGCAGUGAAUUUCAGCCAUCAUGUUUCUGUCACCGGAGCAUUUACACUGUUUUCCUUUCCAUCAAGCUCAUUCAGGCUGUUGCAGAUUGUUUGCUACUGUAAUUUCAAGAGAUAAAGCCUUCAGGAAAAAAAGCUAUGGCUACUACCGCUGCAAAAACAGCCCAACUAGAAAGAAGCAAAAAUAUUUUCAUAUUUAAUCAAAUAAUCUGGUACCAAGCAAAAAUAUCUGUGAAUGGGGUACGCUUUUUUAGCUUGACAAGAAUUCUCAAAAUAAGAACAAAUUUCUUUGCCCUGACAGACUCAAAUGAAAUUUAAAACUAGACAGAAAAUCUUAUUUUAAUCAAUUUUUUUCUACAGAAAGCAAGUAUCAUUCUGUCUCAAAAUUAGCUGGAUUAUCUUCUCAAGAAAAAGCCAUUUUCUCUUAAAAGGAGAUAAUAUUUCUAAUGCCAAACAUGCUUGACAAGAUUCAUAUUCUUUUUGUACAAAAAACAAGACUUAUUUCUUUAAUACAAGCCUGUUUUCCUUUCUUGAAAUUUUUUGCAGUGCACCGCUGAUUUUUACUGUCUGUCAAAACUCAAAUUUGCAGCUCGGAUCAUUUGUUUCGAAGUGAACUACUUUCUCUGACACGUCCUUGAAGGCUGAAUUGCCAAAACUGUGUCAAAUAUAAACUAUCAACAGAUGAAAUCAGAGAUUGAGUCCAUUUAAGAGAUUGUUUUCACUCAUCAGUAGUAAUAUUUUUCCCGUUUUCUUGUUCGUACAGUUGGUGAUGGAGUUUUGCGGCGCCGGCUCGGUGACAGAUCUGAUCAAAAACACCAAAGGGAACUCGCUGAAGGAGGAGUGGAUCGCCUACGUCUGCAGAGAGAUCCUGAGGGUGAGAACCAGAAUCAAUCAGCCUGAAAACAUCUGAGAAUAUUCGUGUCUGUUUUGAAGCACAUUGAAACGUAAAGGGACCUCAGAUUGUUCCCUGAGGAACUCCUUAUUAUGAUAUCGUAGGUUUUUCCAGGUAUUUCUUUUCCACACAGUUUUUUUUUUUGACAAACUGCAAACAAAGGUCAUGACAGGUCACAUGCAUGUUUAAGAAAAGGUCACGUCUGUGGAUAUCUAUGGUGGUAUUUCAACAUGUGCCCCUCUGAGUCACAAAAAGUGGUUUGAUAGACGCUCAGCUUUGUGCUGUAUUCUUCUUAUUUUUGACCUUUACUCGAGGACUUCGUACAUGUUCGCUGUUGAAACAAAGCAGGUAAAUCCAAUCAGAGCUCCACAAUAGAGAGCCCACAUCAGAGACGAGCAUGUCUGCCUCAGUGAGGCCAACAGAGAGAGUUUCCCGUCAGAGUCGGGCUGUUAAACAGGAAGCUCUUUGUCUCUGUCUCCAGGGUCUGACCCAUCUCCACCAGCAUAAGGUCAUCCACAGAGAUAUUAAAGGCCAGAACGUGCUGCUGACAGAGAACGCCGAGGUUAAACUGGGUGAGAAUGACACACACACACACACACACGCACACUUUUCUCAUUGGACAAACUUUGUGUAGCGUUUAGCGUCCAUAUUUCUUUGAACAAAAGGGGUCAAACUGGAUACUAAGACAUGUUUAUUAAGAGUAAUGUUGCUCAUAGUUAUGUUUGUGUUUGUGUUUGUAGUCGACUUUGGUGUGAGCGCUCAGCUGGACCGCACUGUCGGGAGGAGGAACACGUUUAUCGGGACGCCGUACUGGAUGGCUCCGGAGGUCAUCGCUUGUGACGAGAACCCCGACGCCACGUACGACUUUAAGGUGUGUGUUCUGAUUAGAUCUGUCAGUGAGUGUGUUAUCAUAUUGAAUAUUAAAUUACGCCAUUAUAGUCGGAGUAGUUUACAAAAGAAAUGUUACAAAUGGAAUAAAGAGGAUCUCUGGUUAGCUUCAAGCUCCUUUUGGUUUGUGCUGAUUUUGGCUCCUCCAAAAAGUCUUUGCUUAUCUGCUGAAAUGAUGACUUAUUUAAAAAGUCUCAUCCUGACUUUUGACAGUUUCAUAUGUGAUAAAAUGGGAAUGUUUUGGUGACUACAGUAAAUACAGAGCUGCUUCUUUAGCUACUCGGCGGACACCUCGACUACGAGCACGGCUAUUUUCAUAAACGGACAUUUCACCCUCUCCUUUUACAAAAAAAAAAACUGCGUGCACACCACUAUGUUUUCAGAAAAGUUUUCAUUUACACUACACCGUGUAUAUAUGACGUCAAGAGCAUAUCAAACAUAUGUGUAGUAGUGUAGCAAGAAGCUCAAGCCCACGUUAGCCAAUCAGAAUCCCCCAUAACAGCGACAAAAACAACGUCCCUUCUUUCUUUCCUGCACGUGAUCUCCUGUCGGCUACCCCAAUCUCAGUUUUCCUCAGUUUUUCUCCAUUUACAUGCAAAUGUGCAAACAGAGUUUUCCAAAAUCUCCACUCUGGCCGAAGUUUUUAAAAAGCAUCAUCGUCUAAACGAAGGGUGCAAACGAUGGUUAAUGUCUCUGUUUUUAAAACUAACAGGGUACAUAUAAACGGAGCUCUAACCUCCUGCGCUGGUUUGUGGCGUUACAAAUGUCACUCAAAAAGUCGUCGGUCUUGUUGCUGAUGGUCUUCUUUGCUUUUGAGUAUCACAAACAGACAUUAUGAAUUUCAGUUUAUUUCAUUAAUGUGAAAAAACUCCACUCAGGAGCUUUAAAAUGCUUCAUUAAAACCACUGAUGCAGAGAUUUUAGAAGCUUUUAUUCAAAAAUAAGGAUAUUUGUUCACAAAGAAAUAAGAAAUAUGCAGUUAAGUUGGAUUUAAUGUGGACAAUGUUGCAUUUAACUGUAAUUUUUUUACUCAUUUGACACCCCAGUGUCUUUACAUGCUGCAUGACUGGCUUUAUACUUCCAUGUGCAGCAUGAAGACGGUCUAUUUUACAGUUUAUUUUAACUCUUUUAAAGCAGCUCUUUAAAAAACCUCCGAAAAGCUUCGGCUCUCCUCACAAACAGGCUCGUGUAGUUUCCUCUCAGAAAAACAAACAGACUCUGCGGCGAGGCUGGAGCGAGCGUGUCUGGAUGAAGGAUAUGCAGUAAUGGGGACAGGACGGCUCCCUGUGGUGAGCCUGCGGAGGAUGAACGCUGCUCUGAUUUGACACCAUUACCUCCGGUCCUCUGGAGCUUUAAGAAACAUCGUAAAUAUCAACUUUGCGCCGCAGGAUGUGCAGAAAAUUUUAAAUAAAUGGAUUCAAAUGAUUAAACGUCAGCAUGAACCCGAGCUCUACUUGCAGACUUUACAUGAAAAUAUAGAAUCUGUGUGAAAACUGUUGAUGGUGGAAAGAAGUACGGUGGCCCUGAAGGUCAACCACAUGUUACAGUAUUUUACAUAUUUUACUAAAAACUGAAAAGUCGUCCGUCACUCUCAGUGGAUGCUUUCGACAUCUUUCAGAGCAGAUCUCUGAAUUUUUCUUCACUCGGUAAAAAAACUCGGAUCAGCAGAGCGGGAAGUUGAAGUGUGAAGUCUGCGACACGUCUUCGGGAUGUGAAAGUUUUCACUUUUUCUCUCUUCUUCUUCUCUUUUUCUCUCCUGCACAGAGUGAUCUGUGGUCGCUCGGUAUCACAGCCAUCGAGAUGGCAGAGGGAGCACCACGUAAGUGUGAAAACCUCAGACUCAUGAAAAUUUGAGGAGCGGAUGCGGAGAACAGUUUGUCUCCUCGUUCAGAGUCUAAAUCUGUCUCUCUUUUACUUCUCUCACUCCUCUGCUUUCUUUGCUUUACUUUCUUCUCAACUUUCUCAACUUCUUUCUUGUUCUCUUCUGUUCUUUCGUUUCCCAAUGUCAACUUUUUCUGCUCUUUCUUUCCCUUCUGCUCUCUCUACCUUUUCUUUUCCCCUGUUUACUUUCUUUUCCUUCUCCUUGUGCCUUUUGGUGUCCUCUUUCCUUUCCUUUCCUUUCCUUUCCUUUCCUUUUAUUUCAUCUGUUAUUUUUCAUCUUACCUCUUUUCUUUUCCUUCCUUUUGUAAUUCCUAAACUUAUCUCCUAUCCUCAUGCCUUAAACUUUCCUGCUCCACUUACCUUUCCCCCUUUCCUUUCCACUUGUCCCCUCUUUCCUCACCUCUUGCUCCUUUGCUUUUCUCUCUUUCUCUCCUUUGCUUUUCUUCCCUUUCUUUCAAGCUCUAUCAUUCCUCCCUCCUUUGACCUUUCCUUGCCUCAUGUCCUCAUUUGCACAUGUCUCCUUUUGUGUCCUUUCCAUCUCAUUUCCAUUCCCCUCUGUUUCUUCCAACAUUAUCUGUCCGUUUUUCUCCUUUUGUUUCCUUUCCCUUUCUCGUCUUGCCUCAUUUCCUUUCCUUAUGUGACCUUCCUUUUGUCUUUCUCUUCUCUUUUUCCCUUUCCUUCUUUAUUUCCUUUCCUCUCUUUUUCCUAUUUCUCCUUGUUUUCUACCCUCUUCUCUUCAAUCAUUCCCCAUCCUAUCCUGUUCUUUCCUUCACUUCGAUCCUUUCUUGUCUCCUUGUGUCUGUAUGUGUUUCUUUUCUUCCCCCUGAGUCUUUUCUCUUUCUCCUUCCCCUCUUCUCUUUCGCGUUCUGUCCUUUUAUGCCCUUUCCUUCCUCUCCUCCCCCUCUCCGAGUUUCUUUAUUUCAUUCCUUUUCUUGUUCUUCCUCUCCUCCUCAGCUCUGUGCGACAUGCAUCCAAUGAGAGCGCUCUUCCUCAUCCCCAGAAAUCCUGCCCCCAGACUCAAGUCAAAGAAGUGGUGAGUCACUAAAACACACACACAAACACACACACUUGUACACACUCUCUGCACCUGUUUUCUGGUUUUUAUUCUCCGUCAGAAUCACACGGUUCCUCCUUCGGUUCAGAGACACAUUCAGCAGACUUCGCCGCCUUCUAAAGGGAUUAAUGAUGAUCUGCUUUAAUGGAAAUAAACAGAUAUUUUUAGAGUAUUUUUACAUUUUCAUUUGAGUUUUUUUUACAGGUGUUUCUGCUCUGCAAGACUAACAGAGAAACACUUGAGAGGAAAAAGAAACUAACCCCAACCCGAACCCUCAGACAUGAUUUCAACCGUAAACAGAAGAGAGUUUAAUAGUAAUGUGAUGCGUUCAAAGACACCCCGGUCAAAGAGAGAUGGGUGACUGUCCUUAGAAUUUCAUAGUGUAAGAUAAUGCAUUGAAUUAUACUGAACAGAACCAAACAGAAAUGAGUAACUCUGUAUGAACUCACCUCUUUUCUGCAUGCAUCACAUUUAGAAGCUGCAACAGUGAAGGCAUGCUGGGCUGCAAAUGAGAGACCGUGCUGCAGUAGGUCAAAACAAAUGCAUCAAUAGUAGACGUGCUGUAGUGGUGUUGGGUCGUUCGCAAAUGAUUCGUUCAAAAGAACCGACUCUUUUAGGUGACCAUCCUGAACUGAAUCACUCCGUCAAGUGAUUCGUUCGUUUCUCACUUCAGUUGAGCUAUCAGUAGCACAAAGUGAGCGAGGAAUCGCACGUGCCGACGCCUGAAUCACUUGGUGAACGAAUCACGCAGUGAACUCCACUCUCUGGAAUCAUUUUUGUCUGAGGGAUACACUUUCAUGGCCAUUGUUCCCUAUUGUUUUAACAGGUUUAGUAGGACACAGCAUGUAACAAGUAGUGUAUAAGACCCGCAGUUUGAGAAAUGCGUGAAUGAUUCUAUCACUGCAGAGAUUUAUGAGGGAACGAUGCAUGUUCAGUGUGAAUUCUUCACUGAAUGUACUGUGGGGUAAAUGUUCAGUGAACAAAUCACUCACUGAGCCCAAUUUACCAAGUAGACAGAUAUCCUUCCAUUGGACAGUACACUUAAAACCUCAUGAUUUAUAAACAAGUUCAUUUUUACAGACUUGUUUGUCAAAGCUACACACCCACAACACUCUCGUCUCUCAGUCCCAGAAUCUAUGAUCUGAACUGAAUCCUGAACCGUUCAGCUUCAAGUUGGAGUCGGAGGCUCCUCGCGCCAAGCGCUGAAUGAUCCGGUGAUUUGGUGAACGAAUCCUUUGAACGAAUCUUUUUAGUGAACUGAUUCUAGUGAAACAACGCAAAGUCAAAAACACACAAAACCAGGAAACAACUGCAAAAGAUUAACAUUACAAAUCCAGACUUAACAAUAAAAGAGCUCCAGGCCUGUAGGAGGCGCUGAGUGACAUCGCCUCUACGUUUAGAAGACCGCUAACUGCAUACUCAUCAUUGACUCGUGUAAUAUUUGGAUUAUGUCUACUGUGCCAAAAUACGACUUGUGUGUCUGUGUGUCCAGGUCGAAGAAGUUCCAGUCCUUCAUCGAGAGCUGUCUGGUGAAGAGUCACAGUCAGAGGCCGAGCACCGAGCAGCUCCUCAAACACCCGUUCAUCAGGGACCUCCCCAACGAGCGGCAGGUCCGCAUCCAGCUGAAGGACCACAUCGACCGCACCAAGAAGAGGAGGGGGGAGAGGGGUGAGGCCGCGCUCUCGCUUUACACCUGCGCUCACCUGAUGUGGAGACGUGUGAGCGCUAACCUGACGUUUGUGUGUGUCUUUCAGAUGAGACUGAGUACGAGUACAGCGGGAGUGAGGAGGAGGAUGAAGAGAGGGACAUCGGAGAGCCCAGGUACGACUACUGCGCUGUACAUUUAAUUCAUAGUUCUGACUCAAUCUUAAGAUCACAAUGUACCUCCACAUGUAACUGUCUCGUUUAGCUCCAUCAUCAACAUCCCCGGGGAGUCCACUCUGAGGCGGGACUUCCUGCGGCUGCAGCUGGCCAAUAAGGAGCGGUCGGAGCUGAUCCGGCGUCAGCAGCUGGAGCAGCAGCAGAACGAGGAACACAAGCGCCAACUACUGGCUGAGAGGCAGAAACGCAUCGAGGAGCAGAAAGAGCAGAGGAGGCGGCUGGAGGAGGUAGAUUUUACUUUCUGAACAUAAGAAAGGUUAUAGAGUGCAUCUGAAAUCACCAAAACAAAGACACACUUUUCACAGAAUGAACCUUUAAAAUGCAAUUCUAGGGAAAAAUAAGCAAAAUCUUACAAAACUUUCCUUAAUUUUAGUCAUUUAGACCCGAAUUCUGCUGAGAAAAGAGGGCUCAGGUCUGGAAGUAUAUCUGAUUAUGAGAGACACCUGAGAGGAGCUCAUUACAGCUGAUGAAGAUGGCGUUCACACCUCAUCUUCAUCACAUCAGAUAAAUGAGAGUCGCUGUUCCCAUCUUUAAAAAAACAUCUCAGCUGUGAUUAUUAAACGACUUCUCUCUGAAGAAAACCCACCACACCUGUGAUUUUAGCACCUCCGCAUAUUCAAAUGUCAGGGAAACACACCUGAUGUGCACACUCACACAGAGCUGGAGAGUUUUUAAAUGUUGGAUUACCCCCCCCCCCCUCUCUUCCUGCAGCAACAGCGGCGAGAGCGAGACAUGAGGAAGCAGCAGGAGCGAGAGCAGAGGAGGAGGUACGAGGAGAUGGAGCAGCUCCGCCGAGAGGAGGAGAGGAGGCACGCAGAGAGGGAGCAGGUAGGAAAACACCUGAGACCUCACCGACGUUACAUCAAAGGUGUCAUCCAAGGGGGCGUGGCUUCAUAAGCAAAUCAAACUAAGACACAAAGUUAAUCAAACGUAAAGACACAUCAUGAUGUUCACAGAAGAAGCAAAAGGAAAUGAACUGAAGGAAACACUCGAGAUUCAUGAGCGGUUAACUUUAUCUCUAGGGGACAUGUUAGACACCCCCUCAAGAGACGAAUGUUGCUGACCACUUGCUUCUCUAGUUUAGUACUUUAGUAACUUUAGUAAUGGCCGCAGAUAGCAAUACACAGUGGUCUAAGGAGCCAUACACAACCUAAGCCGCUUGUUUGUAGUGAGACCUCAAGCCAAUCCCUUAAGGACUACAGUGGGGUUACGCAGCUCAAGGAAGAACAUAAAUGAUCAUUUCUUAAUGGAAAUGUAAUCAGACUGAGACGCUAAGGCAGAAGAACUACCACAUCUGAUGUCAAAAAGAUUAAUAUGGUGAUUAUUACUUCAAGGAAAUGAUGAAGAAAUGAUCAUAAAUGUUCUUCCUUGAGCUGCGGCACCCCGCUGUAGUCUGUAAUGGACUGGCCUGAGGUCUCGCCCAAACAAGCUGCUGGAAGAGAGUAGGUGAGUUGUGUUUAGUCUCUUUAUUAAAGAAAUGAGUCAAAGUUAAAAAGAUGUUUGGUGUCUAGUACUAUGUCUGUGACCCUAUAUGUCCUGUUGAUGAAGUUAGGUGCUGUUCUGAGUAUUAUUUGUGGCUAUAGAGUGGCGUUGUGGUUGAGGUUUGUUUAUGGCUCCUCAGACCGCUGUGUAUUGCUAUCAUGUGGUCGUCACCAAAGUUGGUGUAAUUAGAGAAGCAAGCGGUCGGCAACAUUCGUCUUUCGAGGGGGUGUCUCAAGUUUGACCCUUAAUUAAUUUUACACCGGAAUAUCCCUUUAAGAUGUCCAAGCUACGUUAAAUUAUUAAGCUACAUCUCAGGAAAAUAAAGACCCAGCAGAAGAUUCACUAAAAGUUGUGUAUCAUUUAUCUCAAUGUCCAGAUUACAAAUAAUAUCGCACCAGUGAUACCCAGGUGCAAAGACGCGCCGCAGCUCCAUGCAGUUUGCUCUUGUCUUGUGUCUGAGCGUGCAGACGAGCUGUCAGCAUCCCUGCCCUUUGCUCCACUGGGCACUCUCAUCCUGUCGGGCUAGAAUCGCUCCAUAAAUGAUGAUGAGCUCACAGACAGGAUGUGAUUCAGAUUUCAGUGUUGAGAGGAUCAUAGACAGUUUGCACAAAAGCCAAUUCUGCCAGAAACUCAUCGGACUGUCGGGAGCAGCUGAUCAGGCCUCGAUUGGCCCUUUUCUGCCCCCUUGAAACCAAAUUCAGCUGUGACUCAGAAUCUGUGCUGCUGGCGCUUGUGUUUUUGCAUUUGACUCCUUCAACGAGGCUCAUGUGAAGAGAAAGAAGCUUUUUUGUGCAAAAUCAAUGCAGAAUGUCAAAAGCAUCACAGGUGCACAGUGAGGCUGCUCUCUCUGCAGCGGUUUGUGGUCUAUUCUUUUUAGCUCCUGUACAGGUUUAGCAGUCCUAAAAGUCGUGCGAUCCUGCUGUGAUUCAGGUCCCGAGGGUUUUUCGAGUGUGACCCAAAUUACAGAUGAAGUGACAGGAACAGGCUGUGUCCUGAGGUGCCCUUACUCCUACAGUCAGAGGAAAGCUCGCUAUAAGGCUUCUCCACAACACACCAGGAUUUCUGAGUUCAUAUUAAAAUGUUUAAUUAUAGUCUGAGAUGAAAAAGCUCGUGAGGCAGCGGGAUUCAAAGUUCUUAAAAGAUGAAAACAGAAAUACAGACAGUUGUGCAGAUUUUCUGACAUGAGGGUAAAACUCAGGAGACUGGAGGCUUUGCAGUGACUGCAUGACUAAUGGUGAACUUUUCCAGCAGUUCAGUGCUCCCUGAACACUUGAAGGCUUCCUGCUGAUCUUGAACAUCCUCCUUUCAUUAAUAAGCAUGUCGUCUUGUUCUACUAAUUACGGCCCCCUGCUGCUCCUCUCUUUUUAUCUCCGUCUAUUUCUGACUAAAUCCCUCUCUCACACCUCUUCACUAAAUCCACUUUUUUCUGGCCUCCUCUUUUCUUCCUCUCCUGUUUCCUGCUCUGCUGAUGUCACUGGUUGCCUGGGUCUUCUGAUUGGCUCCUCACCUCUCUCUGCGCUCUCUGAUUGGCUGCUUCCCCUUGCCGACCCUGGUGCUGAUUGGUAAAGGAGUAUAUCCGUAGACAGCUGGAGGAGGAGCAGAGGCAGCUGGAGAUCCUACAGCAGCAGCUCCUGCAGGAGCAGGCUUUACUGCUGGUAACAACACACACAAACUCAGAGAAACACACAAACACAAGCACACACUUCUUAAAGUGGCAGCAUGUGCAGACCAGCUUCCCGGAGUUACAACACAAGAGCUUUAUUUAUCCCCAAAGGGAAAUUCAUUUGUCUGUAACCUGAAGUUAUGAUCUGACCUGCUCAGUGGUGGUAAAGCGGUGUCUCCUUGUAAACUUCUUUGACGUUGGCAAACAGCAGAUCCAGGUUUUUGUUUUCUCUGGUCGGACAGUUAACAAUCUGAGUAAAUCCAGUCAGGUGAGAGGAGAGGGUGACAUGUUGAAGUCUCCUGAUUAUUAUUACAACCGUAGAUAUCAACACUAGAUACCUCAUCAUGACCCAAAUAAAACAACGGCAGCGCAUACGUCAAGACCACCGCCAUCUUGGAGCGGCAUCGGUGACCGCUGGUAAGCCUGGUGUUGAAUGUAAACAAAUGCUGUUGUCAGGUAAACCACAGGCUUCCAAAGCUUUAACCUAUAGAAAACCAUUGACAAGUACCUCUCCAAGAUGGCGGUGGUCUUUACACACCCUGGGCAGGGUUGUGAGACAUCUAGCCAUACGAGAUAUCUGUGAUUACAUAGGAUAACCAUGCAUCCUCUUUUACCUGGAUAUGUCCUCUUUUUGGGGGGGCUGUCCGGCCUUGUCAGGCUUUGUCCUUCAAAUGUCCGCGGUUUUGUGUGGAAGUUUCGAGUUUGUGUCACGUUGACUUACUGAGUUAGAAGCUUGAAAAAACAGUCGACAAUCGACUGUCCUCUUUUUGGGGAUUCAGAAUAUGGUCACCCUAGAUCACAACUGCCUAGGGAUGUUGAGUCUGUAUCCUAGCAACGGUAUCAUGGAGAACAUCACACAGAACUUCAGCCGUUGCCUUGAGUGGGAUGUAAACAAGUAUUGUUAUGAUGUGACUGAAUUUAAUGUGGCCAAAGAGCAACUGCCAACACUUCAAUAUCUUGACAGCACAACUUCUCCUUGACAGUUAUGUGUGAAGAGUUACGCUGCGUUCCAGUUACCUCCGAGGUCGAAAGUUGGAGCUUGGAAUGACGCUACACCCGAGUUGACGGGGUUCUAGUUAGCAAGUCGGGAAACCAAGAUGGACGCCUACUCCUAGCUGUUGUUAGCUGUUGUUUACAAUUGUCAGUUGUUGUUAGCGGUUGUCAACUGUUGUUAGCUAUACCAGUUGUAAACAACGCAUAACACAGUGUUUUACUCUUACAAACACCAUAGCAGCAUGUUCACAGUUAGACGUUGGACAGAACAACAUAAACCACUUAUUUAAUUUUACAAAAACAAAACAGAGGCGCUAAUAAAUAACACAUCAUGAAAGCUUUCACUGUUACUCUUUACUGUUGAUGCACUGUGCUGCCAUCUUGGAUUAUGACGUUGUCGUCAAGUCAGGGUUGGUGAGGAUCGUCCGACUUUCCGAGUCGGAAAUCCGACUUCAGAGGGAAUUCCAGAUGAAUUUCCAAUUCAGAGCUCUGAAAUCCUGACUCCUGAGUACAACAGGAACGCAGCAUUACACCAUCUCUGGUUAACAAAUGAAUCCAGACCCCCUCCUUUCUUCUUGCCACUAGCUUUAGCAUCUCACAAAAACACCUCCACAUGUUCACUGGAAUUGGAUGUUUUCGUCCAGAUUUGCUCCGUCUCACUGACAGAAGCUCGUCUCUUGAAUAAACUCUUCUCCCAGCUGAAAUAUCCGUCAGCAGUUGGCAAAAUAUGAUUAAAAAAGCGAUAAAAGUUUGAAUGGCACAGGGACCAGGACUUUGAGGAGGUUUUGUCGGCCUGUUUGUUGUUUUCACUCAGAAUUUGCAGAAGUCAAUACUCGAUCAAUAAGGAGGUAAGACAGAAUCACACGUCUGAAAAUGUCUGCAAACAACAGAUCGAUAAGCUCACAAAGCUGCAGACGGGUCGGUCGAUAGUCGCACUUUAUUCAGCUUUAGUGUUCAUGAUGAUGCCGUCAUCCUUCACAGUGACGAUAAAACAGACAACAGUGUGGUCUCCAUGAAGCAGAUGUUAAACAAAACAAACACACACACUUGUAGACUUUUACACACAUCUGAGACAAAUACCGGACCGUCGACUUGACAGAAAGGUGUAAGAAACACACAUGGACACUUUUGACCUGAGGUUUUCUCCUCACUGUGAUCAGUUGUCUCCUCUAAGGGCAAAAUCCAAGACUCCUGGGACGAGCUACCAAAGUUGUAUUAUGAUUAAUGCAAAGUUAAAUAAUUCAGAAUUUCACUUUCAGACACUCUUCAGCUCUCAACGGUCACUCAAAGCAACAACAGACCGAUCUUUAAAGGUGCAGUGUGUAGUAUUUAGCCGUCUACGUCACAACAUACUUGGUAGAAAUAGAAUAAAAUACUCGUAACUAUCUUCGAGGCCGCCAUCUUUUACUCACGUUUGUACGGCAGCACAGAACGGACAAACUCCUAAUUUAUAGAUUUCUGGUCUCGAUGUCCUCGGUUCACCUGUUCUGUAUCUGCUGCUGUUUUUCAGGAGUACAAGAGGAAGCAGAUCGAGGAGCAGCGGCAGGCCGAGCGGCUGCAGAGGCAGCUGCAGCAGGAGCGAGCGUACCUGGUGUCUCUGCAGCAGCAGCAGCAGCAGGAGGGGCCGCGACCGCCGCAGGACAAGAAGCAGCUCUACCACUACAAAGACCAGGCGCCCGGGACCAACGACAAACCCGCCUGGGCUAAAGAGGUAAGGGUGCGAGACGUGGAAACACACACAGAAUCUCUACAAACGUUAGGCAUCAAACUUUUUUUGAGGAGUUUGAGGGAAAAUGAUUUUUACAGGUUUACGUACAAGAAAAACAAACGUACAGAUCUGCACUUCUAAGGAAGACAAAUAUUUAGUUUAAUAUGCUUCUAUAGAUGAUAAUCGUCUCAGAGCAGGACUGGAUUUUAAGUGUUUUAUCCAAACCAGGUCUGCUGAGCUCCUGCAGGUGUGAACUGGGAUUGUUUGUUUGUUUAUGUUGUCUUUGUUGAGUUUUCUCCCCUCCAGGUGUGGUUGUUUCAAAACCUGCAGAAGAGUCUCUGAAAAUGCUGGAGGUGUUUUUUUUUUCACUCUUCCAGGUGCAGCAACUGGGCAUGUGCAGGAAAAAGCAUUUGCGUGUUUAACAUGACGUUUCUCUCGAAUGUCGAGUUUCAUUUCAGCUCCGAUGCUCCAACCAGAUGUGUGUGAAUUCAGUGAACUGUGUUAACCCUCGGUUCCUACUAUGUCCAUUUUGAGGAAGUUUGUCAUUUUUUUCAUCUUUAUUUUGAGCUGACAGUCACACAUUUUUAAAGAUUAUGGCAUCAGAUUUGGCGAGAGUUCUUAUUUUUCUUCAUAUACUGUAUAUUAAAAAAAAAAAAAAAGUGUCACCUGUAGUUCUCCUUUGUCGCAUUUUAGCUCCAUCCACUCUACUUUGUCUGCAAAUCGGACAAUAGACUUCCAUUAAAACACUUUUUUGACUGUGUGUUGAUGGCACCAUAACAACAUAUCAAAACCGCAAAAAGAAGGUUUUUAUUCAUUACUUUUAAUGGUUAAGGCUGAAGUUGUUCAGAGAUUUGAGUCAAAAAAAGUAAGAAAAAAUGUUUAAAAGUGAUUAUUUUAUAAACACUUGUCUGCAUAUCCUCUUUGGGGGACAAAGUAGGCUGGAUGAUGCCAUAAAUAUGAAAAAUUACGAAAAAAGACUUGAAAUGCACCAAAAUCAGUUUUACUUCUCGUCAUUGACAUGGCCCAGACUCUAUUUAUCAAAAAAAAAUUAUCUAAGUCAUUUUAUAUGUAAAAUAUAGCAAAUUUGUGUCUUUUUUACAAUUGAAAAUAACAGUGCCAUUAAGCAUUUAUGGUCAGAACAGAAGUUGAUUAAGAGAUUUGAGUCGAAAAAAGUUUUAAAAAAAAGUUUAAAAAUGAUUAUUUUAUGAACACUUUUCUGCAUGUCUGUUUCGGGGACAGAGUAUGCUGGAUGGAACUUUAAAUGAACAGGAACCGAGGGUUAAAGGGAUAGUUUGGUCAUUUUUAGGUGGAGUUGAAUGAGGUGCAUGUCAUCAUGUGUUUUUUAUCAUAUAUGACAGAAACGAUGUCUAAGAGGUAGCUCUUUUAUUUGCUUUUGCUUUUAUUUACAGACCCCAUUGGUUUACAUGGAGGAGGGUUUUCAUGUUCUCUACCUCCUGAUUGGCCGCUGAGCCGUGCCUUGUACCCUCUGUUUCUAUGUGUCAUGUGAUCAUGCGUCCUAACCCUCACCUCUCUCCAGGUGAUGCGUCGAGCUCAGAGCAACUCUCCUCGUAUCCCUCCAAAGAAAUAUCACUCCUUCAGGGAGCCCCGAAACAUCAACCUCGACAAUCUCCUCCUUCUCCCCGGUUACAAACCUCGCCGCCGCCCCCGCCCUCGCCCCCCCUCCUACCCCGCUCACAUCAGCCCCUCCAGAGAUCACCACCAUUUGCCUCGAAUCCGUGUCACCUGUGAGCCUGGCCCCGCCCCCCAUCCCACUCCACCGGUGAUUCCUCGCAGGAGUUCCAGCAGGAGCCCGGCCAGGGGGCGGAGCCCUGGGCGCCGGGUCAGUCGGAGGAUGACUCCUUAUUCCCUCGUGGCGGCGUACUAACUCUGAGCUGGAACGGUUUCCCUCUAAUCUCUCCAACAUUUUGAUUGGUCCUCUAACCAGGCGGACUCACACAUUAACUCUGGGCCGGCAGCAGAAUCAUAAUGUGGACUCUCCUCCAGUUUCUCACUCCUUCAUCUCACUUUUCCUCACAGGAGCCUUUUGAUUAAUUUCCUCUUUGAUUGCUUCUGUCGGUGCUUCCUUCCAACACUGACACUAACUCCCACCUCUUGCAUAAUAGCACUGAAUCAUAUUGGACUUUUAUUAUUUAACCAUGAACGGGCCGACAAAUCUGCAGCGGCUGGAAGAGGCUGCACUUUCAGACUUUCUGCAUGUAAUUAAAACUUUUAACCUCGAAUUUCCUCAAUGUUUAACCCUCACUUUUCAUUUCACAGGUUACUGACUCUGUUGCUGGCUGAUCUGCAGGGUUGUGGGAAUCCUCUCUAACAGUGCAGCGGCUCUCAGUCUGCUGGUUUUAUUCAUAUCAUAUCAUGAUUUAGAUGUUGCUCAGAUCUCAGGAGAGAAAAUCAGCAAGUUUAGGAUGUUUGGAGGUUUUAUUCAGCAAGAUUAUCUUCAAAUUUAAAGAAUGAACUCUACCAUUAAGAGUAAAAAACAAAGUUAGUCUAUGCAUGAACUGCUGCAGUUUUAUGUGAUCAUUUUCAACAUCUGCAACAAUCUCUGUUUGUUCUAUUUCUAGCCUCCUCUUAAUUGUUUUAUGACAUAUUAAACCUUCAACAUUAAUAAAAAGGAUGUUUACUAGUUUAUUUUAGAUAAAAAAUGAAAAACUAAAAGCUAAGAAGCUCGAUGCAACAUCAGUCUUAAAUCAGGCGUCAAGUCCGUUUAGAAAGAAGACGUUUUUCAGAGAUGAGGGGACCAGAACAGCAAAAAUAUGCCAAAGUAUUUAUUCCUAAAAGUUUCUGUAACUUUGUCGUCUUUAAGGUUCAUGUGAGGGACUUUUGAUUUGUACCAAUUCUACCAUUUAUUGUAAAUAUUUAAACUGUUUAUAUGCAUACUAUUUUACCAUUUUGUGUUGUACAUAGUGUACAUACUUGUAUAUUAUCUCUUUGAUUUUACUUAUUAUACUUAUUUUAUCUAUUUACAGUAUCUCUUUAUUUUAUCUUUUAUUUAUCUCCUCUUUCUACUUAAUUUGCACUGGAGUUACAGUAACAAAAAGCAAUUUCCCCAUGGGGAUUAUUAAAAUAUUUCUGAUUCUGAUAUUUAAGUGGAAAUCCUAAAAGCCAGUUCAGGAAAACUCCCUACUGGAGCUUUAAUGGUUAAAUCAUGAAUGAAAAUAGUCCAGUUUAGUCCAUGCAGAUUGAGAGCUGCUGUUGUGUUGCAUGUUUUUGUGUGGAGGGUUUAAUUUUACUAACUUUAACCUUAUUUCACAGGCUCUCCUUACAGUAACUCACUCACCUGAACUUUCUUAAUCCUCUUGAAUUUUUGUUGGAUGAGAUUUCUUUUCCUAACACUCUCACUGUAAAGAUGUUGUAGAUUUUUGUGCCUUUAGGAUGUUCAGUGUGUGUCUCACCUUUUACCUUUUAGCCUCUCAGUGACCUUAAACCCCCACAAACUCACACCUGAGUGUGUUUUCUGCAGAUAGGAGAGUAAAAAUGCAGGUCGAGAAAAAAACUCCUCUUCUGAACUCUAAAGGCUUUCUUAUCACAGUAAAUCAGGGCUAGAAGCACACACACACACACACACACACACGCACAGAAACACACACACACACACACACACACACACACGCACAGAAACACACACACACGCUGUAAGCUGUAAGAACCCCUCCCAGGUGUGCACACACACAUUUAGGGCAGAUCUCCAGGCCUGCCCUCUGGUGGCAGCUGGUGGACUGAUGUAGGGCAGCUGCAGCUAAAUCAGUCUGUCCCUCUGUGGACACUACACAUGGACACACACACACACACACACACACACACACACUCUCAGUGCAGAAAGGUCUACCCUCACCUCAGCCUCAGAGGAGGAAAUAUUUCCAUCUCAAACAGACACCCUGCUCCUCUCUCCUCUUUAAUGAAAUGACUGCAGGCGUGAAAGUGACAAAUUCAGAUUAACAACAGUUUAAGGACGAAAAUGGAGCACAUUAAUAAGACGAGAAACCUCCUAAUAAGAGAGUUUAACCCAAACUUUAAUCAUAAAAAGAGUUUCAGCUUUCAGAGUUUCACUUCAUUAGUUUUUAACUCCAGUGUGAAGUGGUGAUUAAAAAAACAGAUUUUUUUAGGGUUCACAAAUCAUUCGAAGCUCAAAUGUACUAAAAAAAGUGCAAAAACAAACAACAUAUCUGAUGUUGCAACUGUUGAAUGGAAAAUAAACGCUCAUUUCAAAUUUGAUGCCAGUAACAUGAUUUUAAAAAGUUCAUUCAGAAACGACAAAACAAUUUAAAAAUUUCAUAUAAUAUCAUUACAAGAUUAGAGAAAUCUCUGUACAAAAGAGACGAGGACUGAACCCUUUAAUGCCUUUUGAUAGAUACUUUUAUACACUUCUAUCAAAUCAAUAUGAUCAACAAAUUACUAAAAAAACACCUGAAUACUGCCCGAUAAAUGAUAAAAAUAUCCUCUUGUAGUUUAUCAGUUUCCAAACACAUCUAAUGUAUCAAACAAGAUAAAUAAAUAUAUUUGUUCAAUUUUAAGGAUAUUUAGAUUUUUUUGAAAUAAACAUUUCAGCUCCAAAAAAAUUGAAUUUUCUGGCCAUAAUUUCAGGCAUUAAAGGGUUACACCAAGACUGGAUGGUCCUGAUCUUCAGGGCCGCAGGCAGCGCUGCAUUAAAAACUGAGAGGACUCUGUAGUGGAAAUCACAGCAUAGGCUCAAAAUCCCAUUAAAAGAACAAUAAGUUGUUGCUUAUUUUAAAAAGAAACCAGAUAUGAACAAGAGACAAAGGAGACCCUGAACUGUUGAGCAGAUGAAAUCCUCUAUCAGACAAUUAUGGGACAACAAUCACCGUUAAAACUCCAGAAAUGAGUCUGCUAAGUUCACUAAUGUUUACAGAGCAUUGGUAAGAGAAGAGCGGAUGACACAGAGUCGUAAACAUGACCCUGUAACAACUCUCUAAAAUGUUAUCAAACCGAAAAUGAGCAUUAAUUUUUCAUAAAACAACACAGAUAUACAGUUUCAUAAUUUCUCAUGUCGUCUUUGGGGUCGAAAUCAAACAUCUAGAUUUACUGAUGCCUUUAUACACAGAGUUCAGAUUGAGAAGACUGAUGUAAAAACAGGUUAAACUCUGCAAACACACACCUGCUGUGAGUGACUGUCGUCUGAUGUGUGUAUGUGUGUGUGUGUGUGUGUGUGUGUGUGUGUGUCAGGUGGACGAGCAUUUUAAGAUGAACAGACAGACUUCUCCUGCAUUUCAGCAUAAAGUCUCAAACCGGAUCUCGGACCCGUCUCUGCCGCCGCGCUCUGAGUCGUUCAGCAGCGGAGGAAUCCAGCAGGCCCGGACCCCGCCCAUGCACCGCUCCGUAGAGCCACAGGUGUGUGAACGCCGUCUUUACAGUGGAGUGUGUGUGUGUGUGUGUGUGUGUGUGCAUGAGGUCCGUCAGGGUCCGAUCUCUGUGCGGAGGAAGAGGAAUCAGCUGAGCAGGUUUAUAAGACAGCAAGAGGAGCUUGUGGGACAUGUCUGGGGGGGAACACUGUCCUUAAACCAGUUUGGGUCAGCAUCAGUGUUUCCAUGGUAACAAUAGAUCAAAAAGUCUAGGGUUUGAACAUGACUCUGAGGCAUGUGCUUCUUAGUUUCUUUUCUUCAUCACUCCUCCUCCUCCUCCUCCUCCUCCUCCUCCUCAUCGUCACACUGUUUGAACCCAAAUCCUGAUCCUGCUCUUCCUCCUGAACCCCGCCUGUUUCCUGCUCCUGUGUGUGUGUGUGUGUGUGUGUGUGUGUGUGUGUGCGCGUGUGCAGAUGGCCCACCUGGUGCAGGUGAAGAGUCACGGUCUGUCAGGCUCCCAGUCUCUGUACGACCCUCACGGCGUCUCCACCUCCUCGGCGUCGCCCUCCCCCUCCCGGCCUCCCAUGCCCCGGCAGAACUCCGACCCCACCUCCGACACCCCUCCUCCCCCGCCCCUCUCCCGCCUGGCGCCCCCCCUCGACAAGUUGGACCGUAGCUCGUGGCUGCGGCAGGACGACGACAUGCCCCCCAAGGUCUCUGCAUGCCGCCACCGUGUGUGUUUGUCCCAGUGUGUGUGUUUGUGUAUGUGUGUGUUUAUGUGUGUCGACUCCUGCAGCUUGAAGCUUCUCUUCUCUGGUGUUUCUCUGAUGUUUUUGCUGAUUUCACCCUAACUUUUAAAACAGGUGACCAACUUUGACCUGACUGUUCUGACUUUAAUGGAAAAAUGCUGAAAAGUUUAAGAUAUUCCACCUUAUUUAGAGGAAGAAAACCCAAACUGAAAAUUUUAUAUGUGAAUUUAAUCAACAAUGAACCACACAGUGUCCGCCAUUUUUGGACAGAAAGAGACAGAAAAGGCUGCUGAGACUUCUUUCAAAUCAUACCUCCUUAAAUAUCUGAGAUAAUUACUUAGACUGGACUUUUCCCACAGGAUUAAUAUUAUAUAAAUUCUAGUAAACUGUGAGUUACAUCCUUUCAUCGGUGCUCAGAGUCAGGCGAAUCUGUAAUUUACUUGAAUUUACUGACAUUUCUGAUUGAAAACCCUGAAUCUCUGCUCACAUCCUCCUUGUGUCAGAGGGCAGCUUCACUCUGCUGAAGCUUACAGCUGCUUCUAGAUGAAAUAAUGUAGCUUCACCGUCCAAAUCCUGUAAACUUCCAUCAAACGUGCUUUAAAAACUUUAGGACUCACAGUUCAAAGUUAAAAACUCCAUGUCCUAUAAAGUCUAUAAGCUCUAACGCAGUUACACAGCUUGUAUUUUGGACUCCUCUACUAUAGAUAUUGAUUUCUGUCUGUGCAAGUCAGUUGGUUGCCAAGCAACUAUAAAUAAAGUGCUGCUUCCUUCAGCUCUGUACAAAAAAAGGCGACAUGGUGCACCUUGUAUUUUGCAGGUAAUGUUUCUCCAAAGGCCAAAAAUCAAUCUGAAGGAAAAGAGAAAAUAUUCCUUACCCCGUGCUGCAAAACAUGUCGCUCAUCAAAUCACGAACAUCUUUGGACGGAUUUUAGUCUCGUCUUUCUGCAAGACUUUAUGAUAGGCUUUAUCUUUAUUUAUUUCUUCACAGUGAAACACAAAAACUAGAUUUUUUUUAAAGUUAUUAUUAUUUACGCCAAUAAACAUAUGUUUAAGCCCAACAUAUAAGAAGUAUCACAUGAGCUGUGGUUAAAAGACGUUAAUUUUCAUUGUGUUUUGAUUUAACUUUUAAGAUUAUUUUACUUCCAUGUGGCAUUAACUAACGAAUAAAGUGUAAAACCCUCGUAAAAACCAACACUUGGACUUAAUUUAGAGUUAAAAGAACUUGAAACUGUGACUGAGAAACGUCUGUUAGACCAGUAAUAGAUUAUAUGAUUUCAACCAUGUCCCACCUGUUAACAUGGAGGGGCGGGGUUUAUGAUUUAUACUGCAGCCAGUCAGUAGGGGGAGCUCUAACUACUCUGGCCUCACUUUUCAGGGGAGGAAGGUAGUUUCCAAUCUGAGAUGAGGGCUGAUGAAAAGUGGAUUUGAAGGUCUUUGGUUGAACUUUGGACAGCUGGAGGAUUAAACAUUCAUGUUUUCAUGUCGCUCUCAGAGUGUGUGUGAAAUAAAAUCAUCAUGGAGGCUCUGAUUGUUUGUUUGUUGUGGUGUGUUUGCAGGUCCCUCAGAGGACAACCUCCAUUUCUCCUGCUUUGGUCAGAAAACACUCACCUGGAAACGGACCUGGCCUUGGACCUCGGGCUGGAGCUCACCUUAUACGAGCCAGGUACACACAAACACACACAAAUACACACAAACACACACAUACACUAAAACCGUUUCAGCUGAAAACCUGUUCUCCACCUCUGUUACUUCAUUUUUACUCCUAAAACUUUCCCACAGAAUUGACCCAGCUCAGCUUUUUCUUACAUAUAUACAGUGUAAAGAUGAAGUGCACCUUACACAACCCAGGCAAACACACACACAAACACACACUCAGCAAGAGACACACACUCCCACACACACACACACACACGCUGCUCUGAUGUGGAGCUGUGGAAACGCAGGUGUGAUGUUCUUUUUUAGUUUGGCAGGAUUUAGACAGUUUUCUCUCCCGCAUGAAUGAGACAGCGCUGUCUGUGUUUGUGUUGCCGUAGCAACCCCGACCUGCGGAGGACGGACGUUUCCAUGGAGACGCCCCUGAAGAGGACGAGCAGCGGCAGCUCCUCCAGCUCCAGCACCCCGAGCUCCCAGGGAGGCUCCAACGAACGAGGUGCAAACACACACUCUCACGUUUGUUCUUCAUGUGGCGUUGGACUUUAGCGCCUCUGGAGGUUUACGCCACGCUUACUCAGAAAUACACAGAAAAAAAAAACAGUCCAUUUAUUCAUCUGUGGGGGUCUCAGUUUUACUGUAAAUGUAAGUUAUACAGGACACUGGUAGACUGGCUGAAGGUGGGUCUCAGUUUCACUGUAAAUGGUACAUAAUGUAGGGCGUUUGGUUGUUUCGGGUGAGUCUCAGUUUAACUUUAAGUCGUACAUCAGUAGAUCUGUUUAGUGUGAGUCUUAGUUUCACCAUUCAUAGUGAGUUAAAAAGGGUGUUUGUUCAUUUGUUUAGUGUGUGUCUCAGUUUGACUGUGAAUAAAGUGUUGGUUGAUUUAAUUUAGCUGAGUCAUUUGUUUGGAUGAUAAAAACUUGAGAGAUCGAGGUUCUUAUUAUCGUGCAUCACAAGAGCUUUUUGGUCAUCAAAGGCCACCGUCGCUUCACCAGUGGGAGAUGAGAACAUUUCCAGUUCUUACUAAAUAAUCCUGUCUCUGUGCACUUCCCUUCUCCCAGUUUUCCUGCAGACCCAGGUCCUUAAAACUAAACAUGCACCGAUAACUCGGCCGGUUGAUCGAUCCGUGCCGAUUUCCUCCAAGAUUAGAUUAGUAGAUUAUUAUUUGAAUAACUUCCUCAAACCUUGUGAUUUCCUUUAUUUGUGAAAGCAAAAUGCACUUAAUUUUGGUAAGAGGCUCAAAACAGGCCUGAAGUGUGACCUGUUGGACAAGUAAUUUUAACUUUUAAAAGGUGUAAAAUAAAAGACUAAAGGAACUGAUAUAAUUUAGUAGUUUGGACUAAAUAUGCUAAACUUUUUAUUUAUAUUUGAGAGAACGACCUCAUGUUCAGUUUGUAUUGUUUCACAAGAAUUAUUUAAUGUUUUUUAUUAAAAUAAGACUGGAGCAUCAAAGGUGUAUGUUGUCAGUUAUAAAAAAUAAUCUGUAUUGGCAGGUCAAGCUUUUCAAAGAUUGGUAAUCGGUGAUCAGCCAGAAAAUUGUGAUCGGUGCACCUCUACUUAAAACGUCAUAAGAAGUGACUCCUUUCACAGAUCCAGUGUGUUCCCGCUCCUCUGAAAAACCCUCUCUCUCCACGCUGUUCCUUUUUUUCCAAAACUCUCCUCAUUCUCCAGAUUUCAUCUCCAAAAACCCUCUCUGGUUUUAAAAACGUUCUCACCUCUCAGUUUUUUUUUUGUGAUUUCAGGAAAUUCAGCCGUGAAGACUGAAGGCUCGACAGUUUCUUCUUCCCACGAGACCAAAGAUGACGGAAGAGAGGUGACACGACCCAGCAGGCCUGCAGUGAGUGCACACACACACAUGCACACACACACACACACACACACACACACACACACACACACACACACACACACACACACGCGCGCGCGCACACACAUUUUUAAUUGUUAAUUUUUUUCAUGCUGUUCACACUUUUGUGUUUUAAGUCUUUGCAGGUAGUUGUGUUGCUUUAAUAUCUGUGUACUCUUCCAAAGUAGAUCUCACACUCACACACACACUCACAGACACACACUCACAGACACACUCACAGACACACACUCACAGACACACACUCACUCUGACAGACGAUCUUCUUCUUCUCUCUGGACUAACCAUUCUGCUGUUCAUUCUCACCCUCUUCCUCCCUCUCUUUUCAUCCUCCUCACCUUCAUCCCUCCUCUCAUCUUCCUUCAGAGCUAUAAGAAAGCUGUAGACGAGGUUAGUGACAUUUCUCCUCCUUCACCUCUCUCUCUCUCUCUCUCUCUCUCUCUCUCUCUCUCUCUCUCUCUCUCUCUCUCUCUCUCUCUCUCUCUCUCUCUCUCUCUGUGUGUUUCUCGUUCUCACACCCUCCCUCCUCUCUCACCUGUUGGUUUGUAAAUCCUUGAAGGUCGUUGAUGCUAGAGAAAUCUUUUCAUGCUCAUAGAAGGUUUGAUUUUGUGUCAUUAUUAUCACUUCAGACACCUCUGCUCUCAUGUUUCACCUCCAUCGCUCUCUCUCUCUCUCUUUUCUCUCUUCCAUCUCUUCUCUCUCUCUCUCUCUUUUCUCUCUUCCAUCUCUUCUCUCUCUCUCUCUCAUCAGGAGGAUUUGGUAAGAUAACCCCCUCUUCCUCUUCCCUUUCUUCCCUCCCUCCCACCACCACCUCCUCAGCCCCUCUCUCACAUGCACAAACCUUUUUUGCUGCAAACAGUGAGACGACACAAAGGCUGAAUUUAACAUGACCUUUGACCCUUAGCCUUCCUGCACUGAGGCAUGAUGAUACUGUUGACCCCGGUCCUCUUCCUCCUGCACCGUCCUGCUGCUCGCUGCCCUCCUAAAACUCAGACUCUCGGUGAUCAGAUGAUGACAGAGUUACACCUAUAUUGAUUUAUUGAUUUAUUUCACCGUUUAUUUCUUUCCUCCUGCUUGAUUUUUAGACUUUCACACCUGCUUUUACUGAAAUAUCUCACAGUUUACAGGGAAAGGAGCGCCGUCCUCCUGCAUUUAAACUUCCACUCUGCCUUACAAGAACUGAAUUUGAUGCACUUUCAUCUACGUGGCCGUCACAGCCUGUUUCAUGACGGCUGCCUGAAACUUUCCACACACAUUCAUCUCUGCGACCCAAAAAUAUCUUAAAAAGAAAAUGUGUCAUCUUCAAUAAAAAGACCUCUUAACAACUAAUCGGCAACGUUUACUCAUCAUUCAGGAUGUUUAAUGUUAAAGAGACUUAAAGUUAAAGUCCUGAGAACAUCCACAGAGUUAGAUCAAUCUCUCUUGUGUUGUUUAGAUGAAGAAAAGCAUCAAAUUUAAAAUCCUUUUACCUGUAUUUAGUCGUCUUCUCAUCUAGAGGGAAACACCUGACCACGGGGAUUCAGACGGAGCAGAACACGACUAAACUUCAGAGCUGGUUGCUGAACUUCUCUGUGUUUUUUUUCUCCUCCAGGACCUGACGGCUCUGGCCAAAGAGCUGAGGGAGCUGCGUCAGGGGGAGGAAACCAGCCGCCCGCCGGUGAAGGUGACGGACUACUCAUCGUCCAGCGAGGACUCUCACAGCAGCGAGGACGAGGAAGGAGAGGGCGGGGCUAAUGACGGGACAGUGGCUGUUAGUGAUAUACCGCGCAUCAUGUAAGUGUCGGAGUUAGAGAUUUAUCGCAACUUCUUGAUACAAAACUUUGAUUUCAACAUGAAAAUCAGCGAAAUUAUAAAAAGGGUCGAACUGUUUUUUUAAGUGACAAACUUUAUUUAAACAACAGGUGAAUAAAAACUGUAAAAUCAAAGAUAAAGAUUAAAAAGAUUAACGUUUUUUUCUCCUUUUUUAGGCCAGCAGCGAGUCAGGGCACCAACGAGUCGUUUGGCGUGAUGGGAGGUCACAACGACGCCCACGACGACACGUACGCAAACAGCUCCCAGGACAGUACUCUGAUGAUGCGUGAGGUAAGCCCCCCCCCCUUCUCUCUCUAUUCUGACCUUUGACCUCUUGCUGCAGUCUGGCUGACUCAGCAGAAAGUGAGACUCUGCGCUCAGACGCUCGUUCUCCGGCUCUGCAUGCCUGGCUGCCUCCUGGUUUUGUUCUGAUGUGUGCGCUUGAGCGUGUGUGUGUGUGUGUGUGUGUGUGUGUGUGUGUGUGUGUGUGUGUGUGUGAGGAUUGCUGAGUUGGCUUCUCUCUGAUCAGAAAAGUCUGUCGAAUGGAGGAACAUGACUUCCUCAAAGACAGCUGAUUUCACGUUUCUGUAUACAGUGGGUUUAUAUAAAGUACUUUGGAUCACUUUGAUUACAGUCUUUCAAAAUUAAACCUGGAUUGUUUGGUAUAGAUGCAAAAAAACAGACUUAUUAGCAGCUAAGCUAACAGCAUCUCAAUCCAGUUUAACUAACUGUGUCAUAAUUAUUGGUCAUGACUUUUACUAAGAACAUAUUUAUGUAAAAAAUGAGCGUAAACACAAGAAUGAUUCGAGACUACUAUACUAAAAAACGCCACAAAAGAUUGAAUCAGACUAAAUUUAUUAAAUAUAUACUGUAAAUAUUAAAGAGUGUGUGUGUGUGUGUGUGUGUGUGUGUGUGUGUGUGUGUGAAGGAGUCCUUCCUGAACCCUUGGAUCCAGUUCCCACCCACCCCCAGAAACAAAAACACACCCAGACACCGCAGAGUUCAGCUUCCUCCCUCCAGCACCUGACCUGUCAAUCACAGUUUUGCUGCACAGUAGCCCCGCCCCUCUCUCUCUCUUUUUGCAGAGACAUAGAGAACGGAGGCGGAGCUCUGCCGCCAGCAACGGUUUCCCCGGCAACGUUAAUCUGUUCUCCGGCAAUGCCAAUCUCCCCGAUUUGGUGCAGCAAAGCACCUCCCCUCUGGUCUCCCCUGGCGACGCCUCUGGGGCCCAAGUAGGUGGAGCUGCACCCAACUAACUAUCAGCCCCCAAACUCCCACCCCCCUGCACUUGAUCCUGGCAGACCAGCACCCUAUCACCUGUUCACCUUUGCACCCUGCUUCACCCCACCGCCCACAAACCCGACACCAACCGACCGACCAAACAAGUCCUUCAGCAGGGCGGGAAACAGACGAAUAAUCAGCCGAUAAACUUGCAGCAGCAGCAAACUAAGAACUAAGUGGUUAAUAAAAUCUGAAAUGAUCUGAGGUUGGAGUAGAAACUGUGAAGGAAAUAAAGUGACAAAGUUUUAAAGGUGACGUGUGAACAGAAGUUAAUCGUUGUGCAGUCUGCUUUCAUGACCUGUUUGAUGGUGAUGAAUAAUUAUGACCAAUCUGAGCAGAUCCAACAGUUAUCACGUUUUUUCCUGUUUUAUUUGCUCCGGUUUUAUUUCUUUCCAUCUCGGAACAACAACAAGCACAAAAAUUGAAAUUCUGAGCAUGAGAAUAAAAACAACAACAACACGUGGCCUCUUUAAUUUCCUGCCCUGCUGAACUCUGAUCUGUCCUGCUUUGACUUCUGGAUGGAACAAACUGGAUUUAUUCCUCUCUCUGCUCCACCCGUUUGAUCCCCCUCUCUUUUUACCUCUCUCAUCCUCUCAGUUUUCCACAGUAUGACCCUGAAGGUCCACCUUGAACUGAUAAUACAGGUAGCUGGAAAAUAAAGGAAACACUUAGAGUUAGAUUUCUGAUCAUGCUGAGGCAUCAUUUGAAGGAAAUUAAAAUCAUCCGGUCCUUAACUGUGUCUCAAAAUAACCUUCACCGCUCAUUAUUUUUACGUUUUUCUGCAUGAGGCCAAAAGGGUUUCUACAGAGCAGCGUUUUUAUUAUUUUGGUCAUGAAAGAAAGAGCGUCCUUACCCCUUCCCUCUUAAAAAAACAAAGAAUAAAUAAAUUAUUUUGUGGACCAAAAUAUCUCCAUUUACCAAACAGUGAUUCCUUUAUUGUAACAGUUACCUGUGAAACUGAAAACCCACCGAAGUGACCCCCUGUGUCCUGUGUUUGUGUUAUCUGCAGUACGGGAUGGGAGGCAGCGGAGGCUCCAAGGCUUCCUUCACGCCGUUUGUCGAUCCGAGGGUGUACGGGACCUCGCCAACAGAGGAUGAUGAUAACAUCUCUGCAUCAGGUGCUUUUUCUAUCUGAAUGUGCUCACACCAGACGACUCAGUUUCUGGUUCAAAGUCUUUUUAAAUACAGUGAGAUGCUCAUUUUGUGUAUUUUAGUCCCAUUUGUGUCAAAGAGAUGAUAGAGAAGGAAAAACUCAAGGGCAUGGCAUGUUCAAGUUGUAGCAAUCUGUCUCCAUCCUUCAAAUAUUUAUACCACUAAAAGCUUCAAUUAUUCAUGCACUUUACUUUGCUGUGAUAUUGACUGUGUUGUUAUGCUGCAGCGCUGAUUGCAGAUGAGCUGCUGAAGCAGGAGCAGGAGCAGGCCAGGCUGAACGAGGCCAGGAAGAUCUCUGUGGUCAACGUGAACCCGACCAACAUCAGACCGCACAGCGACACGCCCGAGAUCCGCAAAUACAAGAAACGCUUCAACUCUGAGAUCCUGUGUGCAGCCCUCUGGGGUCAGACAGUCACCAAAACACUUUCGCCAUAUUACUGUUAACACUGAGAGAUGUCAAAAACAAACAUUUGUGCGUUUGUUCAGGGGUGAACCUGCUGGUGGGAACGGAGAACGGCCUGAUGCUGCUGGAUCGAAGUGGACAAGGAAAAGUUUAUAACCUGAUCAAUCGGCGGCGCUUCCAGCAGAUGGACGUCCUAGAGGGACUCAACGUCCUGGUCACCAUCUCAGGUUGGGAUUUAUCACUCUGUACCUGGAUUAAAGGGACCUAAUCAAUCAAUCAAAGUUUAUUUUCAAAGCACUUGAUAAAACAUGAUAAAACACAUAGGACACAUAGGAGAGAUGAGACUGUUUUGGGGUGCGUGACAUUUUUUUCGCAACCAAAAAAGCAUGUCGAGAAACUCACAGAAACAUUACUGAGUCUGUAUUGACUCUGGCGCCCCCUCUGGAUAAAGUGGUAACCCUGAUAUUGUUGCUGAUUUUGUCUCAUCUUUAUUAGUGGUGUUAAUCAUCAAAAACCUCAUCCUCUUGUCUGUUUACAGGGAAAUUUGUCACAUAUGCUGAAUAUUUACUGUAGGAAAAGUAGCUGUGGCUGUUCCUUUAGUGCCCCCACCCCCAAUUAAAUUCAGGUUAAAGAUUUUUCUUUUUUUUUUUCUGCAUCAGGGAAGAAGAACAAGCUGCGUGUUUAUUACCUGUCCUGGCUGAGGAACAGGAUAUUACAUAACGACCCUGAGGUGGAAAAGAAACAGGGCUGGAUCACGGUCGGGGAGCUGGAGGGCUGCGUGCAUUAUAAAGUCGGUAAGAAAACUGGUGUAUGUGGUUUAUGGGGACAUGAACCAAUAUGGGGACUCACUCAGACUGGGACAUAAAGUUGGUCCACUAAAAGUUAACUGUUAAAUCUUAAAUUUUUGUUUGAUUUAUUUAUUCUGUUUCUGCUGCGCUGCCUCUCUCCUACAGUGAAGUACGAGAGGAUUAAAUUUCUGGUGAUCGCUCUAAAGAACUCGGUGGAGAUCUACGCCUGGGCGCCUAAACCUUACCACAAGUUUAUGGCCUUCAAGGUAGGAGUCAGGUGUUUUUCCAGUUUAAUUUUGUCCGUUUCGAUAACUGCCCUUUUUGAUUUCAAGUUACCCCUCCUCUUUAUCUCCUCAUCUUUCAGUCGUUCACUGACCUGCAGCAUCGCCCCCUGCUGGUUGACCUGACUGUGGAGGAGGGACAGAGGUUAAAGGUCAUCUACGGCUCCACUGUCGGCUUCCAUGUCAUAGACGUGGACUCUGGCAACCCUUACGACAUCUACAUCCCCUCACAUGUUAGUCUGUGUGUCUGAAAAAUCUAACUGAAGGCUUUUUGAACAUCAGCUGUGUUUGCUUGGUUGUGCGUGAUUGUUUCGGAGUGAGCAGAGUUCGGGAAAUGAUAUUUUUGAAUGAAUGAAAGAGUGACAGACCAGUGAAUGAGUGAAAAUAUGAUAGAGAAAAGAAGAAAAGAGGUUAGCUUGACUGAUCAUAGAGCUUUUAUUUUGAAGGAGUUGGACCAGAAUUAAUGUGCCUGUUUGGGAAAGAUGGACGUCCUUUAUUUUUAAAACUUGAACUUGUAUUUUAUUAUGAUUCAGAACGAUAUCUCUCACUUUUUAGCCCAGGAGUCCUUAACUCAUUAGCACAUGAUGGCCACAGCCUCUCUCUCGUCGUGCUCAUUCUGUCCCUUGGCUUCUCAGACACACAUGAAAACACACACCUCCUGCUCCUCUCCCUGCUCUCCUCUCUCUACUUUUAGCUUCCUGACAGUUUGAGCCAUUGUUAGACAAUAUGUUGAAGAUUCAGCAGUCCUAGUGCUCCCAAACUUUGUUUCUCACUGAUCUGAGCAGCUUAUGAUGAAGUGAAAGUGAGAGAUGUUCGAGGGCAGGAGCCGCUCCAACGCUCAUGGGAAUUGCUCUUGCCUGUUUUUGGGGCACCAACCGCCGACAUACCUUACACAUCGGCUUAAUUGCUCGACGUCACUUUGGGGAUACCCGAACCACCGCCACACAACUGACAUUGAAUAACUUUUCUUCUUCUCAACAACAGCGUCUUUGGAGGAUGACUCAAAGUCAUUCACUCAUCUAUCUUGCUGCCCUCAGCUUCACGUUUAGCUCCACGUUCGGUCAUUCUGUUUACUUCUCUGGCAACGUACAGAAGUGAGCAGGAAAAGCUCGACUCUGAUUGGCUAUUGUGUUGUGACGCACAUUUCCGUCAUGAUUGAUCGAGUAAAUAUGCUCACAGCUGAUCACCGUGAUCGAACUGAAAUUUAUCACGAUCAUUUAUCACGAUCAUAAAAUCGCCCAGACCAACUCUUAGCUCUGAUAGACAGAUAAAUAGAGAUAAAAUGUCGGUCCUUGUGCUCUUACUUUAGUAGUAUGAAACUGUUUUAUUUGAAUUAAUAACAGCACACUGUACUGAGCUGUUGUUCCCAUCAGGUGUGAUUCAGGUGCACUGUUGUUCAUCAGAAAGCAGGACACAGAGUUCACCUAAAAAUGGCGUCCCAAAGGUCCCCGCUUAAAAUCCGCUGCUCCGUUUCCCAGCCUGAAAGAUCGUCGCAGUCAGGCCCUGUUGUCAGCAGUAUUAAUUAAUAAAUAAGUGAGAAAGAGGGUUGAUUAAUAAAUUAGUGAGUAGAUGAAGGAGUGACUGGAUGAAUGAACAGCUGUGUUAAUGAGUGAGAGAGGGAAUGAAUGAAUGAGUGAAUCAGUGGGUGAAUGUUUGUCCUCCUCUAACCCUGGUCUGGUUACAGUAAGUGAUGGACCCUGGAGGGAGACAGUAACCAUAGCAACCGCCUCAAGUUGCUCUUGGCAGUCAUGAAUCACACUGUGCUGUGUCUGUUUCCAUGGUGAUUGCGUGGCCGAGGAGCGGGGGACUCUAUUGUUGCAGCAGUUUCUCCUCUCUCAGGGUGGGGAGUGGGGGGGGGUUUAAGGAGGUCCAGACCCUCCUGUAGGUUUACGUCAGCUCCUAAUCCCCUGCCCCCCCCUACCCCCCUCCCGUGUGUUGCCCCGGCAGAUUCAGGGUCAGGUGACCCCGCACGCCAUCGUGGUUCUGCCCAAGACGGACGGCAUGGAGAUGCUGCUGUGCUACGAGGACGAAGGCGUCUACGUCAACACCUACGGACGCAUCACCAAAGACGUGGUGCUGCAGUGGGGCGAGAUGCCCACCUCCGUCGGUACGUCAACCAAUCAGCUCGCUUCUCCCUGACCCUCUCUGACCUCUGACCUGCGGUUUCAGCAGAUCAUCUUUCACCCUCACACCUCCUCCGUUCAAAGCAACUCUCCUCCUCUUCCCCCUGCCUUCUGCUUUCAGUCACACCUGUAGACGAGAAGCCCAGACUAGAGUCUCACCUGUUUCAUCCCAGCAGCAGCAGCAGCAGCUUAAAGAAAUGCAGACAGGUUUUUGGGUCGAGUGAUGAAAAGGCAAAAACAUCCACGUGCAACUGACAGAACGAUUCCUCCAGAUGACAUAAACUACAGUGAGAAUUAUUCACAAAUAAUGGAGCUUUUUAGGUUUCUACUGAGUCAUGCCAAACAUUUGAACUCAAGGAAAAACAACCCUAAUAACAAAAAUUUAGCACAGAAGGUAAAAUGUAAAAAAACAAUAAUUAUAUUUAAAAAUAAAAAAUAAAAAUAGAAAAAAAAUUUAUGUUUGGCAAAUCAUAUAUGUAUGACGGAGUAUUAGUGCCACAUUAAGAAAAAAAAAUUAAGACCUUGAGAUUAAAGUUGUUAACUUACGAGAAUAAAGUCAUUAUUAAUGAGAAUAAAGUUGUAAUAAAGUAAUUACUUAUGAGAACAAAGUCAGAAUAAAGUCGUUAUAUUCUAACCUGUUUAAGAUGACAGUUAUUGAAAUGAGAGCCAUGGAGCAUUUUGUGAAAUUGUACUCCAAUUUAGGUUUCUCAAACAAAGGGAUACUGAAUCUUUCGGCACAUCAGCACCACACUAUCGUAAGUAUAGUCGUAGUAUUUGAUUACAACUUUAUUCUCAAUAGUAAUGACUUAAUCUCAUAAAUUAAUUACUUUAAUCUCAAAGUCUUAAUUUUUUUUCGUAAUGUGGCCCUUAUACUCCGUUGUAUAUGUACCCUUUAUUGAACUGGAAAUAUCACGAAUGAUACACAGAUUCAUACACAGUUAUCCAUUUAUCCCAUUUUCAUUGAGCUGAAGAAAAUGAAAAUCGGAAAAUGAGCUGUUAUCCGUUUUCUUAUUUUCGUGUUAGAGGCGAAUAUUUAGAAAACAGGUCGUUUCUCUUUUUUUCAUUUUUGGUUUUAUUUUGAAAAUCGAAUGAAUGAAUGAUAAACGGAUUCAUAUCAAAUGUUGAAACUAAAUUUCUUCUUAUUUAAAGCUGCGAUAAAGGAGCAUCCCUGCUUGUCUCCAUCUGGGUAGUCGAGGGUUGCAGUGUUAUGGCAGUGGACAUAAUGCUGUUUUCUGGAGCUACAGCUGUUUUAAGUGAAGGGUUACUACACGGUUCAGGCAUUUUGUAUUUUAUUGCAAAGUUGUAAGUUUAAUGAAAGAGUAAUUCUGGUUCCAGUGAGAGGGCAUGCUGUGUUAGACAGUUAAGUCAACUUCAUGGACACAUUCCUAGUUCGCACUAGCUCUUGAUCUGGCCCCCAACAAAGACACAAUGCUAAAGUUAAAGCUUUAACAACAUCAUAUCCUCUAACAGGUUUGCUUAUCUGAGCAGGAUCAGAAGCACCAAACGUACCUGUCAAAUGAUAGCGAUGGCGGCCUUGGAGUUUGUAUUCUCUGUGCCGAUAAACGAAUGAAUCAAAAAUGCCGGUAAAGCGUCAAACUUUUCAACACGUGGAGGAUUCGUCUGUCAGGUUUUUUCAUCACGUAAAAGAGCUGAUUUCAAAAACUUCAACCCAGAAACCGAUGCUUGUGUUUCUUUAAUGUCAAGUGUUGAACAUCCAUUUCCUGCAUGAGCUGACAACAACACACCCCUCAGAGCAUUACCUCCACCUUCUCCUCCUCCCUCAUACAGACACACACCAACAUCUCCUCCUCUUCACACUCCUUUUCUACAGUUUCUAUUUUUCUGUGCACUGGGGGAAAUGCUUCUGUGUUGUUCGUCUGCUCUGUGAAGUUCUGUCCUCUCGUUCCGUCUGAGUGUUUUCUUCACAAAGAUUCCAAACUGAAUCUCUCAUCCGUCCUGACUUUCAUCCUUGAUUGCACGAGAAAUAUUUGUGAGAUUCUGCAGACUGAAAACGAGAUCAAAGUUUAGCCUGAGAUGAUCGCGCAGCACAGUGCAUCUAAACUUAUCUAUAAUUCAGCAGCGCGCUCAGUCAAACCGCACGAAGAGGAAACUCGAGCACAUCAAGGAUGGAUCGUGGAUCUUAUGAUCCGAGUCGAUCAGAGCGUCUGUGUUUUUCCAUUCGGCUCUCACUCUCUGAUUCUCAGAUAUCCGGAUUGAUUAAACAUGUAUGUUUGAGUGACUGUGUCUGUGUCCUGCAGUACUGCUGGUUUUCUGUGUGUGUUUUCUGUGUGUGGACUUCAUCUCCUGUUAAAUGUUUGUGUGUUUUUUUACUGUCAGACCAGAGUUUCUCACAGCCAAGCCCGGCCUCAGCCCCUCAGGCCAAACCCAAACAAAACCAGCAUGGUUGUAGAGCUGUACCCCCCUCACGCGCUGUGAUGAACUUCUGCGGGUCGAUAUUCUCCCUCUGGAGAAAAAAAUCCGAACACUUCUUUAAUUCAGGGAGAAAACACUAGAAGAUUUUCCACAGGGUUGUUUCUGCGACAGAGGAAGGUGUACGUGAUUGGAGAGAGAUCGGCGUUGCGCACCUUCGCCCCGUCGUUUAGUGUCUCACAGCAGAAAUUUGUGCAACAACAAGCUGAAGAUCUCAUUUUGACUUCAGGUCUUUGCACACUGAGGCUGUUUUGUUCAUCUGAAAUUGUUGCAUGUUGUGUCAGUUAAACUUCUGUCCAUCAUUCAUUUCAUGUUGAUACACACACUACUAGAUAAACUGAAUGCAUGUGUGUGUCUCCUUUACUCAAACAUAUUACUAGAACCCAAGUGUCUAAACAUUAGAUUCAGGUAUUGCUAGAGGCGUAUCUCUUUAAACACACCUGGAACUGAUCAGGAUCAUUCUGCAGCUCCGCUUUGGCAGGUAAACUCUCCUAUCACUUGUCUUUUUUUUUAAAAGAGAUUUUCAAUUAUUUAGAUUCUGACCCAGAGCUAGCACCACCAGCGGGUUACAUUUUGCAGCAAAUAGAAAAAUGAACACAGACUCAUUGUGGAAAGUCUUUCUGCUCGACAGUUUUUAUUGGAUUAGAAAUAAAAACAACAUGCAUUUAAACAAACAGGGACUCAGUGUGCAAAGACCUUUAUAAACUUGGCUUUGAAGACAGUCCUGGAAGUAGAUCAGACAUGACUCAGAUUUAUUGAGUUUUGACCAACUUUAUGACAUGUUAGCCCCUCUUGACCUGACAGGGAUUUUUGUGUCUUUGGUGCUGAUGUUUGGUCAGGACGCCUGCAGUCUGAAGACAUGUCUGGUCUAACUUUCAACUCAUUACAGCCUCUCUGUUUUCUGAUAUGAUCUCCUCUGACGUGCUUCUAAAAGUGUCAUUUCUGAGUGUAAAAAAGCCCCAAAUGAUCCCAAAACAGUCGAUCAGACUUCACCUUCUCCCUUCGAGAGAGCAUCCGACCCUAACCCAGCGUGCUUGGCUUUUUGAUUCGAAUCAAGUACCAACUUCAAACUGACCCAAAGCAGCAGCAGCCCUGUGGUGUCUCUCACUGUCCAAACGCCGAGCUCCUCCUCAGAUGAAGAGUUCAGAGGUCGUGAUCGUUGAAUCCGUCAGAAACUGCUGCAAUAAUCUCCUCCUGGAGGUGAGGCGGGGAGGCCUCCGAGUGUGACUGGCUUGGGUGUGAGACUGGUGCUGAGUUUUCUCCUGUCCCGAUCCCUGUCUGUGUGACGCCUGUGUGUGCGUAUGUGUGUGUGUGUUUUAUGCGUGUGUGUGUGUGUGUGCCCCUCCUGUCCCUGCAGCCUACAUCCACUCCAACCAGAUCAUGGGCUGGGGAGAGAAGGCCAUUGAGAUCCGCUCCGUGGAAACGGGACACCUCGAUGGAGUUUUCAUGCACAAGCGAGCUCAGCGACUGAAGUUCCUGUCGGAGAGGAACGACAAGGUGAGUCUGAAACACCUGGACGUUUGGGUCCAUCAGGUUCAAGAAUCAAACACUUUACCCAGGAACACCCAUGAUGGACUGUGUUUGUAUCAUAGACUGUAUAUAGAAUGGACGCCGUCUGCCUCCUCGCUGAGUGAAGCCACCUUGAGAACAGCACCCUCUGGUGACGGUCUGUAGUAUAGGUCAUAAAUCCCGCCACCUCCAGCAAUCCCUAUGGAGCUGUGGACAAACUUUAGAAACUAAUUUCACAGAAUAUAGUUUUUUCUCCCUCCUGCUUGUGAUGUUGACAUGUAGUUACUGUCAGACUGGUUUGUGCUCAAGUCCUCUUUUUUCUGUACAGCUCCAUUUUUCAAAGUUAUUAGGGGGUUCAUGUUUUCUAUGAUUGACACCUGAUACAGCCUAUGGGCGUACGAAGAUUGCGUAGCUCACCCGGUGAAUACGCUGCUUGAGCUGAGCGUCAUCAAAGCGACUCUCAGCGACUCUCCCGCCAAAUGCGCACGGUGCUACUGCGCAAUGUUGGUUUCAGGAAAUGGAGAAAAUCAUAAUUACCGAGAGCUUUUCCGUUUCAAAUCCGUAUGCUGGCGGAAGGCAGAACCAAGUUGUCCAUAGUAUAUACAGUCUAUGGUUUGUCCUUUGUUUUUGUUGAGCAGGUGAAGAAAUCUGAUUAUUCAGACUAAGAGAAGAUUUGUCAGGCUCCUGGAGGCCACACCUUUCAGUUUUGGGAUUUUUUAGUUUUACAAUCAGACACGUAUUUAUACAAUAUUUACUUUAGUUGAGGAUAUUUAAGUGUUGUAAGUGGGGAAAGAUGCUACAUUUAAUAAUAAUUGAAUGUGUUAUCUCAGGAAUGUACCACAUGGUCAUAAACCAUGAUAUUUAGGGUUUAAAGAGUGCUUUUGAUUUGUUAUGGGAAUGAACAAUAUAGUAAAGAGAGGAAUUCUAUUGUGUUACAUUGUUUUACCCAGAAGGUGGCGCCUGCAGAAGCAUUUAAUGUGUCUUAAUACACAAAGCAUGCUGAAAACAGAUAGAGGCGCCACUUUUAAAAGCUUUUCUACCUCAUUAGAAUGUAAUCUUACAUUUAAAGAAAAGCCUGAUACACUUUUAGGUAAAUAGUCAAGGUUUCAUGGUGGUGAAAAAAUUGCUGAUUACAGUGCAGAUCUUUGAGUAGGGGCACAGUUUAAACCCGCUCCACGUCUGAAUGUCAUGUACAUUGGUGACUUAUAUUCCAGGUUUUACGGUAAAUGUCUUGCAGGAUGGUGAUUGGAGUUUUUUCUCUCGCCUGCAGGUUUUCUUUGCCUCUGUUCGCUCUGGAGGCAGCAGUCAAGUCUUCUUCAUGACCCUCAACAGAAGCUCCAUGAUGAACUGGUAACCCUUCUCCUCGACCCACAACCCUCCUCUUUUUCACUCUGAGCAUCGCCCGACAUCAGGAGGGAGGGCGGCGGGAUGACUGCGUUUGUGUGUGUGUUUACGAUGUGUGUGUGUCGGAGGAAAACAAGCUGCUGAAAAAGACAUUUGAGUCACUGGAGGAAGAGCGCACCACAGGAGUGUGUCCCCUCCAACUGUAGGGGGCGCCGCAGGUCUCAUUGAUGAUUACACUGCCUGCCUGACAAAGGGGACGCCAUGAUCUGUCAGUGGACGAUGCCUCCGCCUUCCAAGUGGUUGUUUUAGCGAGUUUGGAUCCAGACUUUGAGGGACACUGACAUCACGCCGAGUAGCCUUCGACUUCCCCAUUUACUGGAAUGGGAAGCUUUAGAGAAGUUCUCUGUGUAGCACAUUACUGAUUCCCGACAGGGUGUUCACACUGCGAGUACAAUGAGUCCUUCUACUCUGCUGAUGGUGGUAAUGCAGGUGUUUAUGACCGCGGUUAUAGCAGCAAAUCAGACUUCAUUUAGUAAGUAGUGGGUGAACAUUUGUGGUGAUAGGAGUAGCAUCAAUAGAGCAAGAAAACUUUGGCUUGUCAUGAAUCUAGAUUCUGGACGCAGCAGAUUUCGAGGUGUACUGAACCACAAUCCCUUUGGAAGCAUCAGGACAUCCACACUGAGCUAGCCCGGGUGCUCGUUUAGCCUCAUGUCUGAACUGACGUGUCUUCUCCUCCAACCCAGCAAACAAACAGGAUGAACUGAAUCAAUGAAGCAGUGGUUAAAACUAAAUAUUCAGCUAUAGGAGGGCAAGACCAAACCUGUGAGGAAGUGAAAAUCUAAUCCAGUCUUAAGCUCCAAUACAACUUCAUGAAUUCCACCACAAUAGUUUACAGACGAGCUGUUUGAGUGUCGAAAAACACAGCUAAUGCUAAAUGCUAAAUGAUGCAGUUCCUUGAGUGUCCACUUGGGGCUGACGCCAAAAGCCAGUCAAUCCCCUAUUAAUGCCUGUGUUAUAGUUCAACAUGUCUUCUCAAAAUACAUUUUUAGAGUGCAGGUAAUUUUUGAACAGAAGGGGAAAUCUCUAUAAAUCAUCCAUUUUGAUAACACAAAGGGUCAGCUUUAUGCAUAAAUUUGCAUAAUUAAGGGCAGCAGUGUCCUUGCGCAAAGUGCAUCCAUAUACAGAGGCUGUUUCUUUGAAGCGGUCGUUUCUGCAUUUCAGCUUACUUUUUCAGACCUUAGCUUUGGUCUGAAGGGAAUCCAACAUUAAAAAUGUUAUGUGUGGAGGAUUGAACUCAAACUUAGGAAAGGACUUUUUAAAAAAUUAUGAAGUAGUUAUACAUCUGAACUGAACAUUGUGACACUGUAGGAGAACCACUGAAACAUGUAUCCAGAGCAGAGUGAGGAUGAUUUAAACAGCGAUACAUGACAGUGAUAAUUUCUUGGAGCUAUUUCUGGAGUUGAGAUUCAGCAGAAUGUGUGAACUUGAAGUUUUCUUCUUUACUGCCGUUUCAGGUAGGAACACUCUACUUCUAGACAGUUGAGGACCUAAUGUGCUUCCUGGAGCAUAAUGUCUGCAUAUCUCACCUCACCUCCAAAUACAGCUCACACUACCUCUCAUUAGAAAGUUGAGAGCAUAGAUACCCAGAUCUGCAGUGACAUUUACCACCACACUGAUGGUGCACCUGUGUCUGAUAUCAUUAUUUAACUCCAAAUAUCUGCUUCAUGAGUGAUUUACAAUAAAUACUUGACAAUCAUGAGAGAGAUAUGGUCAAACAAAACAUGUUUAUUUUAUUUUUUGGAUUUACAAAUGAGCCCAACAUAGUUCAGCCCAACAUCAAGGAGGUAACUUGAUAACUCGCUAACAAAUAAAAGUCGUUGUUGCUCCCCUUAAACUUCCUGAGCUGCACAGUCUCCUCCUGCACGUGUCUGCAGGAGCUGUUUCAAAGGUUUUAUACGUUUCUAACUUCAGUGUGGACUCUUGUCGUCACUUUUGAACUUCUCUAAAUCAGCCGGUUAAGAGCAGAAACUCAUCUUCUAACAUCUCGGAGUGACUGUCCAAAUGUUAACUUCUUCUUACAUAAAUGAAAGUCUGGUUAUCCUCCCAGCCACCUCUGACAGUGAUGACUCGUCCCGUCAAACUCACUGGAUGUUUUCUAGAUUAACAUCUUGUAGCAAAUCUAAUCGAUGUCUCCUUUGCGCUGUCGGUUGUUUCCUCAUGCAACAAAAUAGGGCUACAGCAGAAUCGGCUCACUGUGUCAAACUGUUGCAGGCAUGCGUGCUGUCUCUUGAUCAUCACUUCACCUGAGGGGGAUGAAUGGACCUGCUGUGAGUUGAUGAUGGUGUUGCUCACAGUGUGAACACUCAUUACGAGUGCUGCUUCUGCUGAAACACCGUCUGUGUCUGCUCCCUUUUAAUAGAGAAAAAAAAUACAAACAAACAAGCGGUUCGAGGAACAAGCGUCCUCCACGUGUCCUAAAGGAAGCUGCUCAGCUACUGCGGCCACUUUGUCCCGGUGUUUCACGAACAGGGGAGCGGAGCUUGUAGAUAUUGUAUUAUUGCUGCAACAGCAACACAGAAUCAAAAUCUUCACAUCGUUUCUCACUAAAAAAAGAACUUGGCGUAGAGUAGUUGCCAACUUCUGGAAGUUUCUACUUUUGCUGCCCUUUGUUCCCUCCACCUUUUUCUGUCCCUGCUGUUCUGUGUACACCACACCUGUGUAAAUACUCACUUUGAUGUUAAGGGCAGACUUUGCAAAGCAGGUGUGAAGACAGAGGAAAAAAAUUAAAAAUGGUCUGGCUUUUUUUAUCGUCACACUUCUGUCAAAUCUGUUCUGUAGUUUCUCUCAGAUUGGAGUUUCUUUUUUUAGUCUUUCAGAGCAGAAAGCUUUGGUUCGGGUUAACGCUCAUUUACUUUUUCUCUGUAGUUCAUCACUGUCUGUUAAGUUGUGCACUUUUGCAUGGUGACUUACACGUUUCACCUUGUUAUUAAAUGUUUGUUUUAAGGCAAUACACUGACUGAUCUAUCUGUAUGAGCCAGACGGUGAGGGACGACCGAUGCAGGAGUCCUGAAACAAUUUUCCUCUCAACACUGAGCUGUAAAGUCAAAGUUGGACUUAUUAUCUUAUAAGUUGCAGCCAGGUGGGCCAAACUUGUACACAGCGAAACUGCAGGUUUGGCGUUGAAUAUAUAUUUUACACAGAGUGAGCAGGACUGGACCGGACCUCAGCGUGUUUGGUGACGGUCCCCGGAUGUGAGGUGUUUGUGGGUUUUUGAGGAGGCUGCCAGAGAGGGGAAAGGUGUUCAUCUUUUACUUGAUUUCCUUUUAUUUUGAGUUGGUUUGAGGAGGAGACAGGUGGACGCGACGCCGCUUUAAAAGGCCAGCAGAAGCCUUUUACACGUGCGGGAUGUUCACAGUAAUCAACACCCUGUGAAUAAAGGUGAGGAGGCAGGGUCUGUUUGAGAAACCAUAGAUUAAAAAAGAUAUAUAUAUACUGUAAGAAUUUUCGUUAUGAUGAUAUCAUACUGAUCAUUUUAGGGAAAGACAAAAAAUAAUGUUCACUUGUUAAAGCUUAGUUGUCUUUCUACAGAAUAGAGAACAUAGCUAUAAGGAUUUCUAAAAAAAAAUACAAUGUUUUUAUCGUGGUAUUAUUUGUAUUUGUAUUUCAAUUUUUGUACGUAUCAAGACUGUGAACGUAUGUACGGCUGUCAGCCUGUGUGCGUGCGUGUGUGUGUGUGUGUGUGUGAGUGUGUAGAUGAGCAGGUGUGUGCACAGGUGUGUGACAUGCAUGUGAGUGUAUGUUUUCACCUUGUCUGAAUCACUGGAAUCAGUCGAAAGACGACCUCAAUCUGGUAACACACAUCUGUGAUGUUUGAAACUCUACAAUAAAUGUCCUCUCCUUGUACAGCAGAAAUACCUGCUCCUGUGUGUCUGUCCUUCUUUUCCUGAGUAUACAGACGACCCUCUGUCUGCUCUCUUUAAUUAACAGGUGUGUGGUGACAACUAACAUUGAUUUAACAUAUUGAUAAAUCUGUUGAUCAGACCGAUUGUUCAAAAUGGACAAAUGUAGCAUGACAACAAACUGCUGUAUAUAUAGAAGUAAUAUAUAUUCACUACAGGCCAAAAGUUUGGAAGCAAGGCCAUUACAGGCCGAACCGUUUGUUCACAAUGUUGUUGUUUUUUAAUCCAGCAUGAGUUUUAUGUAUUUUGGGAUGUAUUUACUCCAUGAUCAGAUGUUGCUUUCAUGGAAAUGCACCAUUUUACUCCAUUUACCUUUAGAUAUAUACAUUGAUGUUAACAGACCAAUGCUAAAUACAUGUCAGCAAAAGAUAAUAAGGGCUUAGUUUUAGGGUUGAAAACAUUUGCAAGAGUCACAACUUCAGUGCAGAAGCAAAAACACAGAUCACAGUUGGAUUAUUCACUUCAACUUUUUGGCUUUUGAGAGUCUGCAGACAAAAAUCCUAAUAAAUCUCAACUGAGUUCAAACUACUGCAAAAAUGGCUGGAAAGAAGCGAGUAAAGAAACAAAAGUACAAAUUUGUACUUUGAGGAAAGAAGGAUACACUGAAAGAGAAAUUGCAAAACGCCUAAAGGUGUUUAACAAAAGAGUCCACUACACUCUGAAGAGACUAGAGAAGUUAUGAUGAUAGAAAAAGGCCUGGACGUAGAGAGUUACUACAAAAGCAGAGGAUAAACAUAGAAUUGUCACCAGUAAGAGAGAUCGGCAAUAGACAGCACCACAAAUAAGGGGGGAAAUCAACAUGACAAGGUCGAAACCCAUAUCUCUGACAACUGUGAAAUGACGUUUGAGAAAGGCUGGUCUGAAGGGUUGUGUGUCUGCAAAAAAACACUACUUCGUCCACAGAACAAGAAAAAGAGAUAUGAGUGGGCAAAAGCUCACAAAAAUUGGACUUAUAAUGACAAGAAACAAGUCUGCACUGUUUGGUUCAAAACACAGAGUCUAUGUCCACGUGGGUAGCCAAAGUGCUGUACAUUGGGACAUAAAAACAAGUAAAACAAGCAAAGAACUAGAUAGAGCGAGCAAAAAUACAGGAAUGCAAUAAAUAAAUAAAUAUAUAAAUAAUAAAUGUUUUGAAAGCCAAGGAAUAAAAGUGCGUUUUUAAUAUCAUGUUUGAUCUUUUGAACUGAUAAAUGAAGAUAGAAUAAAAAAAUAUUUUUUUCUAUCUUUUCAUCAUAUCUGAAUUUCCAAAUGAUUUAUAAUCAUUGCUAUUUUUGUUGCAUAUGACAGUUUUGAUGAAAUGUUGACCCUCUUUGGCGCUUUAGGUUAGACCUAAAUCCAGAUUAGGGCCCCUGCUGUGGUCGAGUUUGACACCCCUGCCUUAAUAGGUCAAGUACUUCUGCGUGGGUUGCCAAGUUUGCCAACCUCCUCACACCUGGCAACCCUUUCUGCCAGGCGCCGACCGGAACACAUAAACGCCCCCUCCCUCCUUCCUCUACGGAUGCUGCAGUAAAGUUGGCCGCGCCUGCGCAGUGUCGGUCCUCUUUUUCUUGGAAGGUAAGUGUGGCAUGGCGCGUGUUUCUGCCUUGGGGGGGGAUAACGGUUGACUUAGCGGUUAUUUCAGUGAGCGGAUAGUGAAAUCUCAUGUACAAAAGUAGCCGCGUAGCGUCUCGAAAAGAUGAGAGAGUAGUUGUUUGAUUCGGCGGCAGGGCUGGGUGUGGGUGUCCGUGUUGGAGCGAACGUUCCCGGGCUGAAUCAAAGGGACACGCGGCCUUCGGCGGCGCGGCCGGUGGAAGUCGCAUGUCAUCCUCGGCUCUUUUGUCCCCUCUUUUUCUCCCCCUCCUGUUGAAUCAGCGCUCUGUUUGUCGUCUUAGCUGUUAAUGUUCGUCUCAUAAAUGUAUCGGCCCGCUUUCUAAACGCUGAACAUGAAUGUUUAAUUUGGACGGAGCUGAAUGGACGGCUAGCGUGACUAGCGGCUUUUAGCAUCCUAUUAGCUAACCCGGCCAGAUAACGGUAUUUACUGUGAGAGAGGUGCAGCGACGCAUGUUGGCUGUUGAAUGAACCUCACGGCGCCCAAUUCGACCAAAAACUCUCAAUUAAGAGGACAAAUAUUGCGUAUGUUUAUAAAUAGCUAACAAAAGCAGUUGUUGACAUCUGUAGAGUUAUAGUUGUCGUAAUGUCUGGCGCUGUUUUCACCUGUAAACUGAAGGCCAGCUAACUCCCUAAACCUCGCGAUAACUUGACUGUUUUCAUGUCACAUUAUAUAAAUAAACCUGCACAGUCCAUUUAGAGUUCACCUUAAAUGUCAUUAGCGUUAAACCUCGCCUCUGGUGGAAGUUUGAGUGACUUUUGGAGAUAUAGUGGAGUGUUUGGCAGCAUGACAGACUGGCCGUCCAGCCUCGUGUCGAGUCACUGUGGCGCUUUUCACACACGAGUGUCCCUCCACGGACAGGACCGAGCACACACUUUGACUUGGAAUAAUGAGUUUUAAUUUAAUUUGCGAAGCGCAGCAUGCGGCGGACACUGUCUAAAUCUCGCGAUACUCUAAUGGUUCCCAUUCAGCACAUUGGGGCCCUUUGCAGGACUAUUCAAGUGAGAUUUAACCCCUAAUGAGUGUAGGACCCAAUUAUUAAACUUUGGUGGGCACAAACAAGAUUUCCUAUAGAUCUUUAAAAAAGUUAAGUCUUGUGAAUCUUAAAUCAUUUUUUGAGGAUUUAUCUCAUGUAAAAUUAUGCAAAAAUACAAUUAACUCAUCAGUGUCAUCAAGAGCAGCUUUUCUUAUUCAGUCUAUAAUUUGUCAUUUACCCUCUGAGUCUGACCCUUUUUGUCUUCGUCCCCUAAACCAGAUUAUAAAUAAUUUAAAGGUCCUUUCACACGGGGACCGUCUUUUUCGUGUUGUUAUUUCAGACGUCAAUAUUUUUUUUGAACCUGUAUCCUGUCAAUACAAGCGUUCACAUCAGCGACGUUUUCCAGUCAUGCGGUAUUGCGGCAUUUUCCAGCUUUUCUAGCCAAUCAGAGGCGAAGGAGGCGGGACUUUUUCCCCUGAAAAGUCUUCCCCGGGAUGCGUCUUUUUUCCCCCCCCGGAAAGUCGCAAAAUUGCAUCGGGCUUGAUGUGUAUAGUCAGGCGCGUCAAAAUUUGCCUCUGAAUAUAAGUAACUAAAACCGAAAUAUCAAGUAUAUUGCUGGUUAAUUAACUGUGCGACCAUUACAUAAGGUUAUCAAAGCUUUUUCUGUGAGUCAAAGGCAUCAGUAUUAAACAGAGCGUGUUGAUGCAAAGUAGCUAAACUGUAUUAUCUGUCGUGUCUCUUUCAGCGCCCCUGACCCAUCGCACCAUGGCAGACCCUGAUCUUGACUUCACGACUGGUGAGUCUGGCGCCUCCGCCACUUACCCCAUGCAGUGUUCAGCUCUGCGUAAGAACGGCUACGUGGUGCUCAAGGGACGCCCCUGCAAAAUUGUGGAGAUGUCCACCUCCAAGACCGGCAAGCACGGGCAUGCUAAGGUAAACUCCCUGCAAAGUCCGGUUGGCCUGAUUAUCCUAAAACGGUUCCCUGCUGUGCUGUAAUGUCUCCUUAUCUUUUUCUUCAAACAUCACGGUGCCGCCACACGUACUUUGACCUGUGAGACAUGUUCACUGAGGGAAAAAGAUCCCAUCUGUUUGUUGAACACUGUUGUGUUUUUGUGGCAUUUAAGAGUUCAGUUUUGUUCUUUUGGAGAAAGCAUUUUUUACAGCAAUAUAUAAUCAGUCGCAUUAUUAAAGAAGUUCUCACUGUGGAGCCAAAUUGAUGAAUCAGCAGCUGUUAAAUGACGAGUACCAGAGCUGUCAUUGUCACCUCACAAUUAUCAUGUCAGAAGUUUUUUUUCAAAUGCAGCAUCAGUUUGAGAAAACGCUUUUAGUCGUACAUCACCGACCACUUAAGAGAAGAGAGACGGUCUAAUAUUGAUUCUUUUAUUUUCUCCUUUCUUUGCCUGGUUGCCUUCUAUCCUACAUUGUAAAGUCAUCCACUUCUAGUAGAUAGUAACUUAAAGGACUACUGAUUUUUUUGCACUAUAGGGCACACCUGAUUAUAAGGUGCACCAUCAAUGAACGCGUCACUUCGAGUCUAUUUUCAUACGUAAGGCGCUCCGGAUUAUAAAGCGCAUUAAGCCAAACAAAACAGUCAGAUAAUUAAAACUUUAUUUAACUCGUUCAAUAACUCUGCGAGGCUACAGUAGCUGCAGUGCUCCGACAAGCCAAAAGGAUUUUAAGUGCGCCUUAUAGUGUGAAAAAAUCCGGUAAAUGUUGGAGCAUCAGUUUAGACAGUUUGGAGCGCGUUCUCAGAGGCAGAGACGGGCGGGCUGUUUUUUGUACAUCAGUAUUAUUUUUUAAUUUGUGAAACUGCUGCUCAAAGGAGGUGCCCAGCUGCCAUAAUAACCUCUAUUUUUCUUUUCAUCUCCAUUAGUGAAGCUUUUGACAUUUGUUAGUAAAGCAGGAUGAGAUUUUUAAAGCUCUACUUCAUGUCUGUUUACACAGAAGUCUGUGAUACCAGCAGCUACAGGCCAGCCGUGCACGCCUCAGGGUUUUCAUCAGUUUGUUUUUGCAGGUCCACGUGCUCGCAGCUUGUUUGCAAACAUUGUCACAGAAACAAUAUUCUAAUGAGGCUGUUCCCGCCUAAACAAGGUGCUAGACAAAGUCAGCAAAGAAAUGAGAAGUGCAGCUUGUCCACGGGUGUUGCCAAAAGGGACACACCCAAAAGUUCCUCACAGGCGCUUCACUUAAUGUCCAGAUAACUAUUUUUCUCUGAAAUAUAACGAACACAUUCCUUUCUUAUCAUUAUUACUGACGCCACAUCUAGAUACUGUUUGACAUGUUGUCAAAGCUGGGCGAUUACUCCUUCACCUCCUUUUCAAAAAGACGCUUCUGUUUUUUUUUCUGUUGAGAUAUUUUAGUCUGCUGUUUUUAGAAAUCUAAUGUCUUAUCUUUUUGUUAUCGGCUCAGAUUUUCUCACCUGAGGCUUUACAUCAAAUAAACCAAACUGUCCCCCGCAGGUUAACCUGGUUGGUAUCGACAUCUUCACCAACAAGAAGCAUGAAGAUAUGUGCCCCUCCACCCACAACAUGGAUGUCCCCUCCAUCAAGAGGAUAGACUACCAGGUACACGGACAGUUCAGACCUCUCUGGAACUUUCUGUCACACAAGUGUCACAGCAGUUAAGCAGAGGGAGUGUUACUGUGUGACUGGUGUGCUCAUGUGCUUCCCUCAAGCUUUGGCUGGUCGGUCACACUAUGAACAGAAAGUUCCAGAUAGAUGAAAAACCAAAUCCUCUGUCUGCAUGUAAUUUUGAAUGGAAGCCACUGGAAAACACCAGUAAAAGUAACUUAAGUGGAUCUGAGUGUAGCAGCAGUACUACUCAGGAAUUAAUCAAACUGGUUUUUGACUUGAGCUCAGGCCUCUAAUCUACAUGUGCUUUAUAGCAAAUAAGUGUGGAGCUGAAUUUCAACCCUUUCCCAUUCGUUUUCCUUCCCUCCUCUAUAGUUGGUGAAUAUCAAUGAAAACUACAUGUCCUUGAUGAGCGACAACGGCGAUAUCAGAGAGGAUCUGCGUGUCCCUGAGAAUGAAGUCGGCAGGGAAAUCGAGUCAAAGUUUGAAGCUGGUGAAGAGUUCAUGGUAAGGACUUCUGUAUUAUGGCUGCACUCAGAGGUUUAUUAGUAAAUCAGCAUUACUGCAAAGUGCUCUAUAUAGUUCAAAACAAACAAUAACAUAAAGAGCAGUAGCGAGAAUACAUAUUUAGUAUUUUAGGAGGAGGUUUUGUGUUUUUAUUCAUCUGUGCUGAUAGUAAAAUAAACUCUGUAAACUAUAAACAUGAAGAACCAGGACGGGAGUUUUUACAUAAAUAUUUGGUUCCAGUUUGUCCUUUUUUUGGCGAGAUUAAAAGUCACAUAAAUAGGAAAGUUAGAGGAAACUUUUUUCCUCAGUGUGACAUUUUGGUAAAAGCUUUUUCAUGAUCCUGCAUGAAUCCACAUGUUUGAUCUGUUCACUCUGCCUGUGAUCAAGACUGAGUCCUCUUUGGUCAGUGAAGUUGUCAGACGGAUACAGAUGAGCCUCUACCCCCUCACUUUAGUGUCGGGCAUUAACACACAAGGAUCUGAAAGCCUGGAUUCUUAUUGCUGAUGGUUUCAUUUUGCUUGAGGAUUUCAUGAAAAGGCGUCAGUAUGAAUUUCAGUCCAAAACUCCUUUUAUAGGAACUUUAAAAACACGCCGUGGGGAGAGAGGCGUUCUGAUUAGCUACUGGAAAUGUAAACCUCAUAUCUGUGACGAUGUUUCUGUUAGUUUAGAUAUUAUGUUCCUCCAGUUAUGCUAAACCUUGUGUCUUUGUGGUUCAACUGAACAAAGUUACAACUUUAGUCUUUGAGGUUUGUGUGGACUUGACUCCCUAACUCCAGGUUUUUCUGCAUCAUUCAGUGCUAUUGCUGACCUUUUAAUGCUUGUUGUUGGGCUUUUUAAUAUUGAGCAGAUAAAAAGUAUGAAAAGUUUUGAUGUCAGUGUUUGGUUAUGGAUGAACUCUUCUUUUUGUUUAUAUAUCUAUAUUUCCUGGGCUGUAUUUGUUUUGGGUUUCUGCCCGACAGUGACGCUGUGUUCAGUCUCCGAUGAUUGACUCGGACAUGUUUUGGUCUCUCUGCAGGUCACCGUGAUUUCUGCCAUGGGGGAGGAAUGUGCUGUCGCUACCAAGGUCCUGGCCAACAAAUAGGGAGACGGACUUUGCUGCCCAGGCAACAAGCACCACCCACAACCAGUCUCUUGCAUUCUCAUUGGUUCUGUCACCAAAGCGUCGGCCUUCACAGACAACCUCAAUCAUUCUGUUGUGAUUUCUCUCAUCAUUGGUCUUCUGUUUUUUUUUUUUUUCUCCUCCUCCUCCCCUCUUCGUUUCUCUUUUCCAUUUGCUGUUGGGAGAGUUCUGCUGCAGCUUGCUGCGUGGUCCUCUCGUCUGAUCACUGAGGUUUUGUUUGGUAACGAUCUACUUUAUAUAAAACAACUUCAAAAAUAAUGAUCAGUUGCUCAUUCCUGCUUAUUUUUGCCUUCAACGUGUUGGUUUUGCCACUCACAUUCCUGAAUGUUUAAAUAACAACGGGAUUCAGCUUUUGUAUGAUUAUUUUUUUAUAUUCUUGAAUAUAGCAGGUCUAAAGCCUUUUAGAGGGAAGGGGAUGGGAGGGAGGGGGCAGUGUUUGAGAGGGUGGGUUUCCCCUGUAGAUACUAAAUUCUGGUGUAGGUUGUCCCUCUAGCAGCCAUAUUGCUUUCCAGCAUGGCCCGCGCUCUGGUUCCUGAGUGGAUUAGGAGCGACGAGGUCCGUUUUUCUCCAAAUCACUGGGAUUGAAGGUGGCUAGCACUUACGAGCACUUGAGGUCCACCGCAGCAUGUCAAACCUCUAAAACCAAGAAAAGAGAAGUCUGUUUUUUUUUUUUUUUUUUUCUCUCUCCCCUCUAUGAAGAACAGAAGCAAACUUCAGUGAUUAACCCUCGUGGUGCCAGUCUCUUGUCUGUGUAGAAGUUUGAGGGGCGUGAGCGUCCUGUGCACUCACACCUCUUGUCCGCUGAGGCAGUCGAGGGCUCGCCCCGCUGCCCCGGCUUUCCCCCCCAGUACAAAAGGAGUGUUCUAUUUUGUUUAGAGAGGCAUGAGUGUGUAGCGGUGUGGGCCUCCGAAAUGUGGGAGGCAGUUUGCAGUGAGGCGUGUGUUUCUUUUGAGGGACUCGAUCGGGACGGGGAGGGUGGUAGAGUUGCAAACUUUUUGUUCACUCGAGGCCUUUGUCACCUGACUGGAGAUGGCAAAAAUAAAACGAUAAACAAAUGGACAAAAACUGCAAA